AUGAGGAUGACUGAUACUGUUACUGUAAAGGAGGGAGGUGAAACAAUGAAAGAUUCAGAAACGGAGGUAAAACACAACACUGCAGUGCAACCCUUCAUAAAAUCAGAAAGCCACGAGCGAAUUCAAGUGGAAAAGGAUGAAAGGUGUACCGAUAAUAAAAAUGAUGUGCAGGUAAGAGAUUUCUUUCACCUUAUUUUCACCCUCAUAAUGCAUAUUGAGCAAUGAAUUCUUUAGUGUUACUGCACUUUUUAGGUUCCACCCCACAAUUUCCUACUGUGAGAUGCCAUUCAACUUCAAUGAUGUUUUAAUAACAGAAACUGCAUGUAUAUUUUUCUCUUUCUUUACAUUUCCCUUCCCUUAUUGUUUACUUGUUAGUUUGCUUUCAGUUAUUCCUGAAUAGAUAUGAAGGUACGUUUGCCAAUUUUCCCAGAUAGGGAGAUGGAGGUAUUUUGGUAGCAGUACAUGUUCUGUUGCACCAAAUUGUAGAGUUAUUAUCUCACUAUUAAUAUUGUGACUGCAUGCUGCUUGAUAAAACACAUCGAGCCUAAAUUAAUAUCUGUUGUUUUGACCUGAUUGCAAAGUCAGGCAAUUUGUCUCCAUUCAGUGGCCCAAACAACACGCUCCAUGAACGGAAUACAUGAAUUUUGCUGUGUGGUGGUUCCUCUUUUUACUCUGUAUGUGUGGUUGUGUUUUGUCUUUCCAAAUUAUAUAAAUUGGUUCAUUUCAAAAGUGCUUCAGUUUUUUGCUUACUUAAGCAUUCAUAUUCUGCUUAACUCAACAAAAAUGGAAAGCCAUCUUUUUUAAAAAAUAGUAAACUUAAAGGUGGCUUAGGGUCUAGCCAUCUUAAAAGGGUUAAAUGCCUUUGCCUGAAUGCUACCCACCUGUCAAAGUUGACCUGCAGGAGAAGGAUCUGCUUCAUCAACAUGUUCCCUGACGAAACAACACCCAGCUGGUUAACCUUCUCCUCACAAGCUUGACGAGAAUCAUAGGAUUAUAAUUUUGUAGGGUUGGAAAGGAUCACAAGGAUCAUCUAGUCCAACCCCCUGCAAUUCAGGAAUCUUUCACCCAAUGUAGGGCUCGAACCCACAGGCUUGUGAUUAAGGGUUUCAUGCUCUACUGACUGAGGAUUCAAUCAUGUUGGUCAAGCAGCACCCAACAGGAUUGAAACCUGCCCAUCAGGUUGGCUUGCGCUGGCCUUACGGACCCACUUAGACCUUCUGGCCAAUAUUUUGUCAUCUCAGUUCUCCUAAUCCACUUAAAUUACACCCACACUUCCUCUUCCUGUGUGUGUUUAUGUGCAGGCAGGCAGUCUGCUGAAGUUUGCGGUUAGCAUGUAAAGGUGGCAAAAGGGGAAAGCUUAAGAAGCCCCACUGCACCACAAUGCCAGGUGUCCCAGCGAAAUGCAUGUUCAGUACUUUGCCCACAGUUGGGAGUUGUUGGUGUUGUGGCAGGCAAAAUAGUGUGUGCAACUGCUGCAGCAGUUUUGGCGGGAAUGUCUGGUUCCUCAACCUCUUCAGCCCUGCCAUAGAUUGUUUUGCCACUUAUCUAAGUGACAGAGGUAGCAACUAUGGUGCAGCCAUCUGCUGCUGAGUUGUUGUGAAGCGCUCAGAAAAUGGUCAACAAAUAUCUCUCUCCUGCCUUGCAUUGAUUUGUAGGGGCACAAUGGAGCUGCUUUUGGAGGAAGAAGGGACUUCUCAUAAGCUAAGUACAGAGGUAGUGAAUUCCUCUUCCUCAAGUAAUGACUAUAAUGGUUUUAAUCUAUCCCCUAGAGUUUGUCAGCAGGGGUCUGUAGUUUUAGUAAAGCCAGCAAUAGAUUUGUCAAUGGUCCGUAUUGUGGUUAUAGCAACUGAUACAAACUCAUGCGAGUAGCCUACCCUUUUCCCCACAGACCAGCCUUUACAACUGAAUGAAGCAAUGCUGCAGGAAAUUAGAGAAGCCCUGUGAGCGAAUAUUUCUAAGGAAAUAAGGGAACUUCACAGUGCUUCCAGUACCUAGUGUUCCAGUGCCUGUACUCCAGGCAGGGCUUCAGCAUUUCUGCUGCUGUUGUUCGUUCCACUGCUCAGACUAAUGUAAUGCCAGCCUCCACAUGCAGUUCCAAGAGGGCAAGUGAAUAAGAGGAGGUGGUUUAGACUCAAAGCAAGUUACUGACACCAUGUCAUUGUAGACCUUUUUUUAGUUUUGGAAUUGAAAGAAGGCGAACACAGUGAUGAAGCGGAAGAACACACCUCUCAUAUUCUUUCCCCUGCAUGCCUUUGCUGUACAAGACAUUGGCCUCACUGGGUCUUAAUGACAAACCUGUUUGAUACUCAGUGCUACAUUACUUUUGGUCUUUGAGUUCUUGAAUACCUUGCAUUCCUUGACAUUGGCAUUUGUCGGAUUUUUGUUUUACAUAAAGUAGAAAUAGUACAGUUGGCGCUGAUUAUAAACAAUAUGUGACUUGAUUGUAUUUGAUUAUAGCUUAGUUGCUCAUUUAUGAUUUGGGAUAGACCGUGAUACAGUUCCCCCAAGUAUUAAGAGCAAUAGAUCUAACACAAUUUAUGCUGGUUUCAGCAUUAUAAUGCCUGAAGAAGCUUCCAUGUGAUAGCUAUAACAUUCAGAGUGGCUUGUAUGUGAAUGGGGAGUUUCCUGCUAUGAAUGUCUGGUGACACUGUGAGAAAUGUUUCCCUCACCCCAAUAGGUACAUGCAGUAGGCCUGUGAGCAGAAGUGUGUUCUCAGUAUAAGCCAUGUGGAAAUUAUUUUUUAAACCGAGGCUAUGUGGCAGUGUUCGAAACUCCCAUUGUUCUAGGCGCAUUUUGUAACAGGGAAUUUCAUUAGCACAAGCAGUUUCUGAGCUCUGGGCACAGUACUGCGUCUAAUAUUUCAGAUUAAAACUGCAGAGUGGAAGGAAAUAAGGACCUUUUCGUGCCUCCCCACUUCCAGCUACUCUCUGAAGAGUGGAAGCGAGACCCUCUUAAGAAUAUUAGGGGGUGGGAUGGGGAAGGACUAGACCACGUGAAAAUACAUUAUUAGCUGCAGUUCAUUCAUUUCCAGCUUUGUAUUCUUGUUAUAAAAAAGCGUGCCUAGAUAUUCCGUUGUUGCGCCCAUAACCUAGGUUUAAAGUGCCAUUUAGCUCCUAGCUUUCACAUCUGUUUCUAACACUACUAUGUGGAAAUUAGUGUCAUGCAGAAACUCUCUGUGUUAUAGGUACUACUAACCUCCUGAGUCCUUACCGCUUCCCAUCACCUGUUGUUUUGGCAUCUUUAUUCCCUUAAUCUUUGUUCUUGAAGAAUGCAAUCAUAUUGCACACUCUUAUUCAGAAAAAGUGCUUUAUAGGCAGUUCUCAUGUUAUUUGCAAGUAGACUGAAAGAAGCAAUUUGCACCUGGUUUUUAGAUUACAGUUAAAAGGUUUGCCCAUCUGUUAGGAAAAGAUACUUGUAAAAUGAAUGAGAUAGAAAAAUCCUUCCUCCAAAUGCCACCUACUUAAUACAAAUUGUGCUGUUGAUGAUUUCUUUUACUCGAAUUAAGCAUUGAUGCAAGCCUGCUACAUGUAAGUUUCUCUUUAACAGGCCUUGAUUUUCAUUGUAAUGAUUUUAGCAAUUUUAAGUAAAGAAUGAAUGCAUCUAUAUAUAUGAGGGGGCAUGCAUGGGUGGCAGGAUUUUGUUUAGGCCAUGAUUUAGCACUUUGGAACCUUUCUCUGAGACACUACAUAGGUUUCCAGAUUAGGCUGUUUCCAUCAGAGUGUGAUUCAUGUUUCCUCCUCAUUCACCAUUAGGAAAUGUAAAAAGAAAAGAAAAAGCCUUUCCCACACUCCAUUUAACAGAAGCAGAUGAAAUUUGCAGGCAUACUGCCAAAUUACAAGCAAGUGCCUCUAGGGGUGCUAAUGCUAGGCACCCUUUAAGUUUAUAGGAGUUCACUUUCCAUAUGAAAUCAUUCCCUCUGGUUAUAAGCAUGAUCUAUUAGUCACAGUGGAGCUCUUUCUCUCCUUCCAUGUUGUUCUCCUUUCCUCCUUUACCCCAUUUUGCUUUUUAUGGUAAGCUCAGAUAUUUUAUUUUUGCUUCCUGCGGAUACUAACUUACUGUACACUGUGGAACUUCUACCUCCACUCUGCUCUGCUCCCAUCUCUGCAUGCACCUUGCACCCUCCCCAGAUCUGUUCCAGAAGAUUUGGAGGACCCCUAAAUCCAUAACAGAUUUAGGGACUUACAGGUGGUAGAAAGGGGAGAUUCUGUUGCACAAGUUGGGCUCCAAAUCAUUUUUCCUUAAAAUUUUAUUCAUGGUAAUAUAUGCAAGAGGCUCUAAUUUUAAGACUGCAAUCCUAACUGUAUAUUCAAUGGGACUUGCUCCCAGAUAAGUGUGGUUAGAAUUGGUGCCUAAGACUGAAAACAUUUAAAGCUGACAACUUCUACAGGUACCUACUGCAUCUGGCAAUGCACACCUACAUUGUUCCAGUUUGGGGGCAUCAGUUCUUUUGUAGAGUUACCUUAUCAGGGUGAUGUUAUGCAUCAAGAAGGCUAGCAAUGCUAAAUAGGAAAGGACAAAAAAAAUCUAUGACAAAAUCUGUCAAAAACAGCACUUUAUCCUUAAUGUAAACCACAUACAUUAUCAGAAGUCAACAUUUAUAAUUUAUGCAUAAAAGCACCAACUGUUUUAUGCAUGCUACUGUUUUAUGCAUGCUGUUGUAAAUAACUUUGUUCCUUUCAGGCCUGCAUCAAUUAUAAAACUUGCUCCUAUAGCAGUGAUCCUAAGCAUCUGACUGUUUGUCAGCCUUGGAUUAUACAGCUCCACCACUAGGACUCUUUGCAUGAUCUCCUAAUCUCUCAUUUGGUGCAAAUGCAGCUGCAUCUCACACGUGCACACUGUAUUACCAAAAACCGCCAUCUCACAGUUUGCACACUUGAAAUUGGGCAAGUUCUAACAAUAGGCCUAGUAGAAGGAUCUUGGACCCUAGAUCAGGCAUAGGCAACCUCGGCCCUCCAGAUGUUUCGAGACUACAACUCUCAUGAUCCCUAGCUAACAGGACCGGUGGUCAGGGAUGAUGGGAAUUGUAGUCUCGAAACAUCUGGAGGGCCAAGGUUGCCUAAGCCUGCCCCUAGAUUCUUUCUUACACUUGAAAAACAACUAUACAUGUAUUUAAAGGUCUAGCUCACUGUUAGAUGAACAAACAAAAGAUAUUUACCGUAUUUUUCGCUCUAUAACACGCACCUGACCAUAACAUGCACGUAGUUUUUAGAGGAGGAAAACAAGAAAAAAAUAUUCUAAACGAAACAGUGGAUGUAUGUUUUUUGUGGUUCAUGCUAUGGCCACAGACAUGUGAUCUGAUGGUGAGUUUGGGGUGACCCAGUGCAAAAAUCCUGAGGAUCCAUGUGGAUCCGUGCUUUGUAACCAUGUUUUAAGUGGGGAGGGAAGGAAAAGCACUCAAGGGACAAGGAGCACGCGUGGGGUGUGUGGAGAAGGAUGCUGCUAAUAAUGCAGGAGAGGCUCCUCUCCGGCUUUGCUCCUUUAAAACAAGCAGGCUCUGCUUCUCUCCCUCCUCCCCGGCAAGGAAAUCACAAUAGUAACCACUCUGAGACAAAUCAAGAAAAAUUGCGACCAACACUCUCCCCCAACAAGUGCAGUGAGGUCAAAACACACACACACACACACAGAGAGAGAGAGAGAGAGAGAGAGAGAGAACUGGCCCUAAAGGCGCAGGGCGCUGGAAGUCGCAGGGGCGCUGGGGGAGUGAACGGGAAGCAAGAGAAGGAGAAGGAGCCCUCACACACACACAGACACACAGAGUGUCAAUCCUAAAGUCGCAGGGCGCUGGGAGAGCGCAGGGGGGCUGGGAGAGUGAACGGGAAGCAAGAGAAGGAGAAGGAGCCCACACACACACACACACACACACACACACAGUGUCAAUUCUAAAGUCGCAGGGGCGCAGGGAGAGUGAACGGGAAGCAAGAGAAGGAGAAGGAGCCCUCUCACACACACAGACACACAGAGUGUCAAUUCUAAAGUCGCAGGGGCGCUGGGAGAGUGAAGGGGACGCAGGAGGAGGAGAACGGUAGCUCAAGCACACACACACACACACAGCCCCUACAGUGGCUAAUCCAAAAUCGGACAGCAAAAAACUGCAGGCAGGGACAGAGAGCAGGGGUUGUUUUAAAGCAGCCAACUCCCGCUCUGCUUCUCUCCCUCCUCCCCGGCUCCACUAGCUGACAGGAGCCGCUUACACCCGCUUUGCUGUUUCAAAGCGAGCCACGGACUGCUCACGACUGCAGCAGAUUCCCCCGCCAUCUGUAGGCAUUCGCUCCAUAACACGCACAGACAUUUCCCCUUACUUUCUAGGAGGAAAAAACUGUGUGUUAUGGAGCGAAAUUUACGGUAUAUCUUUUCUGAAGAGGUUGUUUACAGUAGCUUUAUCCACCAUCAAGGGAUGUUUCUAGGGAACGUUACCUUUGUGUAGUAAUAAGAAGAGCUUGGUGUAUCAGACUACUCAGUCUGGCAUCCUCUUCCUUUACAGUGGUCAGCCAGGUGCCUGUGGAAAGCCUGUAAGGAGGAUAUGAGCUCAGUUUCUCUCUCCCACGGUGGUUCUCCAGCAACUGAUAAUCAGAGGCUUUCAUUCUGGGGGGAAUAUAUUGCUAUUGUGACUAAAAGCAUUGGCUGACCUGAGAUUGGUCGCUUUCAUUGAGAAGAAGACUACUGUCUAAACUGUAGUUUAAUCAUGCAGUGUGUGGAAAAAGUAGUGCCUUUGUCCUGAUUCUCCUGAUUUGAUAACCCCGGGUUUCUCUCUCUCUCUUUCUCUCUCUCUCUCUCUCUCUCUCUCUCUCUUCCUCUCCACCAUGUAUAUUUUUAUAUCUGUUAAGAUGUCUCCCUUUCUGAAUUGCUUUCAAACUAAAUAGUUCUAAAAUGUAGCCCAGGCAUAGGCAAACUUGGUCCUCCAGAUGUUUUGGGACAACAACUUCCGUCAUCCCUAGCUAAGAAGACCAGUGGUCAGGGAUGAUGGGAGUUGUAGUCCCAAAACAUCUGAAGGGCCAAGUUUGCCUCUGCCUGAUGUAGCUUAAGACAUUCUAAGCAGUAACCACUUAUUAUCUUUAACUUGAAGAAAAGCAUCCAGAAUUUCUGCAAGCAAUUAAUUUACCUCCAAGGGCUAGUGAACCUUCAGCUUUAUCUCAGAACUUGCAAGCAAAUGCUUUCACAAAAUUAAAUCUUUGUUUAGAAAAUGCCUUAGGGUCUCUUCAGUUCCAAGAAUAUACAUGCAAACAAUGCAGAUACCGAUAAAGGAAGGAGGAUUUGGGAUCCCAGAUUUAGAAUUGUAUCACCAAGCAUAUUUACUUUACCUUUACACAAUUCUGGAGAUCCACAACUGAAAACAACUGUCCAAAUCGGGCUGCUUUGGACUAUUUCUAUGUAGCACCUUUAGAAAGAUGAGCGGCACUUGGGUUUAAAUACAUUAAUACUCCUAAGUCUCUCUGCCAGCAAUGCUUGCUGGAGGAAGUCACUAGCAGAGGGACUCAGGAAUAGUGGCGGUUUCACCAGUGAUAUUCCGCUGAGUGAAGCUGACCACAGUCUGUUCCUCAUACCGGUCCUUGGCGGUAUAUUGAUAUAUCACCCAGGCCUAGUCAUGUGUCGUUUCUAUACUGGAUGAAGUAGUAGUUUUGAUGCAGGUUAUUUCCAGACCAUUUUCAACUUGUGGCAGGCAGUAGCAAAUUGGCUGUACCUAGUGGCUGAUCAGAUUACUGUUGAUAUAAAGUUUGAUUGCUUUCAGCAGGAUGUUUUUGCUUAUAUGUGUAUUAGUGCCUACUGAAGAUGGCAUUUUCUCUGAGGAAUACAGUAAAAGGUGGUAAGAACAGUAGUUACUUUCCAGAACUUAAACCAGGCAGAAGAGUAUUGGCUAAGUGGCGACAAUGCUGUUUUAGAAACAAUAAUCUUCUUUAGUUUCUGACAGUUGUGUAACCCCUUUGCCAGUCUGAGCUGAGCAGAUGUGGGGGGCAGAGCGGGCAGGGACAUAUUUUUUUUUGCACUUGUCCUGGGGUGUGUUAACUUUUCAUUAGCAAGUUAUAAACUUGACAGACUUUUCAACGUAUAAACAGAAUUAUUGUUCUAGAAAGGAAGGUUGAUGUUUCUCCAUCCAAAGAUCUUGGGACCAUGCCUUUUGCAUUUGCUCAUAGGAUGGAUAAUUCUGCAAAUAAUGGUCAGCAUGGAAUUGUUUUCUCUCUGCUGUGCACACUGGUGAAUUGAUUAAUGCUUUUAUACAGUCAGUGCAUAAAGUUUUAAUGCAAACUCUCUUUUGUUAUGCUCACCAUUCAGCGGCCAGUGCAGUCUUUUGGACAGACAGGAAAAAGGUCAAAGGUACAGUAGACUUGUGUGCUGGCAUGCUAAGGAAGUCUUCAUGCUUGAUGAAGCCUUGCUAUUUUGUGAAAAUAUGUAUUGACUUCAGUUUUGUUCUUUUCUUUGGCAAUAAAGUAUUUUUGUUUUGGAUUUUUGAUUUGCCUAAUUGUUUUGUUUUGCUUUGCCUGUAUAUUUCUAGUGGCUUCUUGUUGCUAGACAGAGGAAAUAGUGCUUCUCUUUGCUUAAUUUUUUUUCCAGUAACUGAAGUUGCUUUCUGCUGAUAAUCAUGAUGACUUUAAAGCUUUAACUGCUUGUUCUUUUGCCUUCUCGUAAUGAAUGAUUGUGUAUUGAAAAUAGUCAGCAUACGAAUGUGAGCAGUUUUGUUAUGUGCUUGGCAGUAAGUUAAAUUGAGGAAAACUAUCUGUGAACUGUAGAUUUUUAAUUUAUAAAUACUUUUCUUUAGUCAAGUACAAAGUUAAAGCUAGUUCGGGGCCUGGCUGUGUGUGAAGAAUCUCCUCCACCUCCCACAGCUGAAAUUUCACAGGACAUCCAGGUAAAAAUAAAAUUGAGUAUGAGACCUGAAACCUGGGUUUUUUGCUCUUUAAAGAAUGUUUUGAAAGAGAGCGGGAGUAGGGUUGCAGUUAGCCCUUUUGGGGAAUAUGUGAGCAGCUAGAAAAGGAAGUGUACGCCUAUGGAUGCAUGUUGGUGUGUGAACAAUUCAUCACGAUAGAACACUAAAUCAUUCCCUUGAUCAAUAAUAUAAAAGUACUUAGGUUGAGUGAAUAUAGUUUGCACACAUGCUCUGUGUCUCCUGUGGCUCAUACCCAGCUUUCUGGCUGACAAAGUCAUUUGAUUUUUGAAUGUUUGGUAACUCUAGAAUAUCUGUGUGUGACUAAUACAUUAUAGAAGGUUUAGCUCUGCAAUCAAUAAAGUGAUUUGCAGUAUACCUACUAGUAACUUAGAGACUUGUUUUCUGAUGUUGAAGCAGUCAUAUUUAAUGUUCCUGAAUUUUGUGUUCUGUAGAAAUACGGUACUUCUUCCCUUGACACCAGUGUGGCCUUAUGAGUCCAUCUUACUAGAGCAGCAUAGUGGGAUUGUCUUGUAAAUCUCUUUAAAAGUCUGCCCUGUGUGGGGACUCCUGAGCAAAUGCAGUUGUAUCAUAGGGCUUUAUUAUAGUCAUUGGCCUGGUUUGCAUGGAACACUAAUCCAUGAUUUAGUGCUGUAUGAGCAAGCCCAAGGUACAACUGGAAAAGGUCUAAAUGAGUCAAGAAAUAGAAAGUAAUGGGAGAAGUUGGAUGAUGUGGUGCUCAGUAUUAUGACGUAGGUGACAGGGAUUAGAAAUGAAAGCAGGGUUCCCCCACCCUGCUGCAAAUAUAUAUCUGACAGGAAUAUAGUUUUCUCCUCCCUUUUGCAAGUAAAAUAAGUGCUUAGUUGUUGUUUUGUUGUUAUUUUUGAACUCACAAGUCAGAAAGUUGCUACCUUUUAAAAUAGGUGUUCCUUUCAGUGUGCUGGUGUACAUUCUUUGGCAUGUGGUAUCUGUAUCAUUUUAGUUGUCAGUGAGCAGUAAUAAGAUUAUUUCUCUUUAAUAGCAAGGGUAUGCAUUCUGUUAUUUGUUAUCAACUUAUACUAAGUUAUUUACUAAAUGCAAAUCCUCAUCAGGGAAAUUAGCUAACUACUUGGGUGGGUGGGGGGGUCAUGACUCAUACCUUACAACAUUCCAUUGUAGUAUGAGGAUCCGAUUUCUGCUUCCAUAGUUAAGAGAGUCAUAUUGUCUUGUGUAUAUUCAGAAGUGAUACUAGCACUAUAGUUGCCUGAGCCUCCUUGACAUCUCUGGCAUAAUGGAAGCAGGGGUUGGAAAAGAUAAUAGAUUCCUACACUCAAAUGCAAGAGAGGUGUUAGGAGUUACUUUUUUGUAAACAAAAAACAAAAAAAAAACCAUCAGUCAAAUCAGAAUUGUAAUGUAGGGUUGAAUUAUUCUCCGAAAUGAACGGAUUUCUCAUAUUUCUCUUUUAACUUCAGCUGUGAGGGUGAGUCAGGUUUCCAUCGAAGCAGAAGCAUUUCUCUUUCAUUCUCUAAAAUGAUAUUGGUAGAUUUUGCAGUACAGUUGUUUUGUUGUAUCUUCACAAUUUGCUAAACUACAGGAAGUAUGGUGUGUUGAGAGUAACUUAGAUUAAUUUUUGUUGAGCCCUGAGUAAGUAAGGAGAUCAAGGCCACUGAGAGGGGACUAGGCUUUGUGCACUGGGCCCAGAGCCAACCAAGGGUCUGGACUCGUAGCUUUCAGUAAAAAGACAACCUCAAAACAGAUUUUUGUAUGCUCUGAAAGGAAAGUUUUGAAGCUAUGUAGAGCCACUCACCCAGAGACUUUUCUGAGAUGAGCCAGCCUGCACCUGCCUUUUUGUGUUUUUAAUCAGUGAAGUGAGAUCUGUGUUUGGUAAGUGAGCUGUUUGGACACUGGGCAAUAGAUUUGAAACCUGCUGUCCUAAAGUGUUGUUGUUUCUCCCUCUGAUUUACUGCACUUUUAUUUCCUGUUUGGUAUAGUUUUCUUCCAUCCUAGCAACCAGAAGAAAUUCACUGUAAAGCGAACUUACGCUCCAUCUUCGCUAUACAUUUAAAACAGUAUCAAACCACUUUAUACAGUCACGGCUCCCCCCCCAACCCCGGUUACUAUUGUUUAUUAAGGGUGCUGAGAGUUGUUAGGAGACCCAUUCAUUCUGCUCAUGGAGCUGCCAUUCUUAGAGGAGCCAGCCCUUUAGGCUGAGAAUUAGUGGACUGGCUGGAGCAAAAAGAAUCACAAGUUAGUUUAAAGUGUGAAACUACAUAUUCUCAGAGUAUUUUUGUUCACACAGUUAGCUAACUGGCGUUUGUUCGUAUUUUGCUGUAAACACCUGUUGGCAUUCUCUUUGUCAAACUUAUUACCUGUGUGUAACUCCAGAUUUGUUUCAGGCCUGCCCACCCCCCACCUGCAAGACAAGGGUAAAAAUUUGAAUAUGACCUAAAAAUAUUCACAGAUGUUAUGCAAAUUUGAGUCUUUGAGAACAGUAGCAGAGGGCCUAAUCUGUAUACUUUAUACCGUAUUGGCCUGAAUAUAAGCCUCACCUUUUCCCCAAAUUCCAGCUGUGAAAAGUUAAAGUGCGGCUUAUAUUCCUGACCUUACGGUAUGCAGCCAGGAGCGCAGGGCAAACAGCGCCAGGAACGUGGCGAAGCAGCGUCCGCCCCGUGUGCAGUCCCCCGUACUCUCCCCCAAGGCCGGGAAGGGAGAGAGCAAGGAAGGGGAAAGGCUGCUGGCAACGCAGCGCACCCCCCCCCCCCCAGUAUGCAGCCAGGAGCAGCAAGGAAUGGAGUGGCUUAUAUUCAGAUAUUUUUUCUUUCUCUCUCUCUCUCUCUCUCUCUCUCUCUCUCUCUCUCUCCUCCCCCCCAAGCUUAUAUAAGUUGCAGCUUAUAUUUGGGUGCGGCUUAUAUUCGGGCCAAUACAGUAUGUAGCUCAGGAAAUCCUAUUCGUGAUCCCUAGUUGGUAUACUUAACAGUUGAAAGGGGCCAAAAGGAUAUAAAGUGAAAUGCCUAAUCACAAAGCAGGAGACACCCCUCUCAAGCUUAGUUGAACAGUCCUUAAAUUCAGUAUUGUCCAGUCAUCGAAUUGUAGAGUUGGAAGGGAAGGUCAUCAAAUCUGACCCCCUGCAUAUUGUAAUCCUCAAUUGGUUAUGCCAUCGGAUGGUUUGUACUUAAAGUUUCUAUGGUAUACAUUAAAGCAAGGAUGUGUUCAAGAUGUUUGGCAGCUUGUUAUUUUCUUAGCUUAAUAUAUUGGACUUUCCUUUAUGGCAGGAUAGAUGGACAUUGACCAGCAUGAUAUUAAAAAGUCAGAGCAAUAAUAUGGCACAGUGUUUCUGUGGUGAUUAAUGCUUUUGAAAAGGCUAGGUCCACCAACAUGUGAUGCACUAUCAGGGACAUUCCCCAUGUGUUUGAGUCCAUUGAAAACUUCAUCUUUCAUGAACAUUAAAGUUACUGCAAGGUUUAAUUUGAACUGGACUGAAAGACUACAUUGUUGUAAAAAGACCAAAAUCUGAAGCUCGUUUUAAAAGAUGAAUGAAUGCAAAAAGUCAUGUUUCCAUAAAUGUUUUAUGACUAGUUUACACAUCGUAAUAUUUAUAACUGUGUUAUUUUGAUACUUUGGGAAAGUUUGGUAUAUAUUCCUUUUUAAAGUAGACUGAACUAGUUUUUGAAACAGUGGUGUUUUGUGCAGUUUAUGGCAUAAUUCAACCAUUUCUGUUUUUGUGUGCUCUAUAGUAGUUAUUCUCUGGCAAGGUUCUCAACUUGAAUUCAUUUCUGUUUCUUGAAGAUUCUCUGGUGAAUGUUGAAACGAGUUACAAUUGAAAAUUUAAUGAAUACUUUAUUUAUUUUGCUGCUGUUCUGUCUUCAAUGGCAUAAAUGAGCACUGUUCCACUAGCUGCAACUAUAUUUCACGUCCCUUAAAUCAGAUUUAUAGAGUUGUGUCCAAUGUAGCAAAUGUCAUUUUGGAAAGAUUUAGAUAAACGAAAAAAGACUAAAGCAAUAUGUUAAAGGUAUGUGACAAAUUGUUCAAAAUAAAAAAAAUCUGUAUCAAUGUAAAUUCUGUCAAAUCCAGGCACUAAAAUGGGUUGUUGUUGUUUUAAUACAUAAACUAAAGGAAAGAUCGCUACAAGGGAGGAGUUAGCUUUACAGAAUGCAUCUUUCCUUCUCCCCACCCCCCAGUUCUGUGUCCUUUGUUAGUUCCAGGGAAUGGGAAUCUGCACCAUCAACUUUGUUUUUUUGUAACUCCUACUGAGUUCAGUGGAGUUAACUCACAAGUAAGUGGGGAUAGAAUUGCCAUCUAAAUGCUGAAACGAAUGGCCAGCCAUAAUUACCUAGUUUCAUGUAACGUUAAGCCAAACCCAUGUUUUAGCGUAAACAAGCAAAUGUCCAGGUUUCCAUUGAGAAAAUCAUGGCUGCGUUGCUCUUUUUCUGGUCCUACUGCUGUUGUGCUGCUGUGAGCAAAGCCAUGUUUUGACCCGACAUUAUGUCCCCUGAGUGGUAAGCCAGAGAACAAAUCUUGGUUAAAACACAUGGUUUGACUCUCUAGCGAAAUAAAGCAUGAGCCCAGGCUGAGAGACAAUGCAAAACCCGAAGCAAAUGCCCAUAUAUUUGCUUGUCUGUGCUAAUCCAUGUUUGCUGUAGCAUUAUAACUGGACCACUGCUUGGGUUUUGUUUGGCCCCAGCCACUGAAAUCUAUGUUGUGCACUAAAGACACAUAGUGGGUUUGUGGGAAAUAAAAUAAUGCUAAUAAAUCAAUUUUCCUUUUAAAUGGAUUGAGAGGUUCUAAGACAAUGCUGUGUGAUUCCUUUCUGGAUUCCAACCAACAUACUAGGCUCUCCGCUGCAGUUGGUUGAUUGCUUAAAAUGACACAUUUUUCAUAGUGGGAGGGGAAAAAAUGACGGAUUUUACUUUUCAACAGGAGAAAAUUCAGAUCCAGCUAACACAGUCUUUUGAAAAGGAGGAGAAACCCUUGAAAGAUGAAGCAGAAAAGGAAAAGUCCAUUGAUAAAUUGCCCAGGAAAAUGUUAUCAAGAGGUUUGCUAUCUAUCGUUCUUUUUAAAAAUCUCAUUAAUCUAGCAGGAAUGCUGUGAGGUGGCAGUGGGGGGAGGGGGAGGGUGGAGAAGUAUAACUGGAAUAGGACGGUGGCCUGGACCUGAUUGAGAACGUUUUUAUCUACUCCCUCUUUCAUUCAGAAGCCAGAAGGUGGGGAAAGGCCAAGGACAAAAACUAGGCCGUCACCAAAGUUAUUGUAUGAUUCUGUGCAUGUUUGUUCAGAAGUAAGAUUUCAGUGGCCAUGUUUGGAUCAUCACAUCUCUACUUAAUAACCCAAGAUAUGAACAAGCUUUGUGGUCUCCCCCCCCCCCCUUUUAUAUGAUCAAGAGAACAAACAACCCAGGAAGUUGUCUCAACUGGGAAACAAUGUUUUUCAACUUGGGAACAAGCUGGGAUAUGACACCAUGGUUUAAAGCUGGCUUAAUUUUCUGGCAUAUUCUGGAACUAUUAACCAUAGUUUCCUGGUUUGGACAAAAAAGGAAAUUUAUAGUUAGCUCAAGACUUCCUUUCUUGCUUGUUGGCUUUCACAAAGGAAGGAGUAAAGGGGUUUCUUGUCUGCUCCCAAGACAUGUUCAUAUAUUGGCUAUUAAACCAAGAUGUGGUUGGCAAGAUGUGUCAAAGGGGAUUACCCCUGGUUUAGUUUGGGUGACCCUUGGGAAUAGUGUGGGGUAUAGAGGGGGGAGUUGCCAGAAAGUGUGCCCCCCCUUCCAAAUAUACUUCCAAAUGUGGUGUUCUGUUUAUUAAUAUGUAAAAAGGACAGCUCUUAACAUAUAAGGAAUAUAUUUUACUAAAAUAAUUAAUAUAUUUUCUCCAAUCCUGGAUUUUUCUUUCUUUUUUCUUUUUAGAUUCUAGCCAAGAAUAUACAGAUUCAACUGGUAUAGAUCUACAUGAGUUUUUAGUAAAUACGUUGAAAAAUAAUCCCAGGUAAAGAGGUGGUAGUUUGUUGUUUUUAAAUUCAAAUUUAUUAAAUUCAAAUUUUCUUACUCAUUUUAGUUUGUGGUACUAGUAAGUGCCUCAAAUAUUGCUCUGGGACAGUGGUUCCCAAUUAGCUCAUAACUAUGGAAAUAAGUUUUGAAUAUAAGUUUUUCACAUGACCCGGACAGCUGAGGGGUAUGGAAUGGUGCCAUGGGUGGGUUACGCAGACCCCAAUUAGGAAUCACUGCUUUAGGAUGCCUUGUGUAAAGCCUUAAAAUAUUUAUAUUUCUGUAUCCUGCUGCAUCAAAGCCUACUUUUUCAAAUGAUUAUUUCCAUUCCCUUUACUCAUAUGUUAAGAUAGCUUUGUCUGAAUGAUUAUCUGCUGAAAUCGGUACAGAAACUUACAUAAGUGAUGGCUAAUAUGAUGGAAAGCAGGGGCUAUAGCAGGGGAAGCCAAUGUGGACCCCGGCAGAUGUUGCUGGACCACAGCUAGCAUGCUGGCGGGGGUGAUGGAAAUGGUAGUGCCACAACAUCUGGAGGGAAACAUGUUGGCGAUCCUUUAUCUACAGCAAUUGCCUCGGCUGCAACUCAUGUGGCUUUUGUUGUUUACACCAAGAAACCAUUUUUUGGGAGGGGAGGCCUGGGAGCAGAGAGACUCUGCCAGGCUCUGCCUGGGUGGAACAACACCAGCAUUACUCCACUACUCCAGCAUUACUCCUUGUUCUGCCUGCCAAAUAAGGCUUUCCAAGGCUGAGCCAGUCCAGGAUCCACUGGAUCCAAAGACAAACUAUCAUGCAAUAUCAUUGGGCUCAGUUGUUGUGCCAACAAUUUGCCUGAACCCCCCCCUACCCCCCUAUCCAUGGCAGAGCAUGGCUUUAUUAAGCUCUGCUUGUUAAUAUAUUUUAAUACAUUUGUGAUUUAGAAUCAUAGAAUCCUUUUUAAUAGAACAAAUAGUAUUCUUGCUUAAUACACUUAUUAUUUUACAGCAUCUGGAAGCACUGUUGUCUUCUGUCGGACUACCUCCUUUGUCUCACCCCUGUGUUUUUUGGUUUCUAGGGACAGAAUGAUGCUGCUGAAAUUGGAACAGGAAAUCUUAGAUUUCAUUGGUAAUAACGAGUAAGUGCUACUUGCUGGUUUUGAAGAAGUUUUUAUUAUAUACGGUGUAGUAACUCAAGUAAAACUAAAACUUGAUGCUGCUUUUCAGAAUCCCUCGAAAGAAAUUCCCCCCCAUGACCUCUUACCAUAGAAUGUUAUUGCACAGAGUGGCUGCUUACUUUGGACUGGAGCACAAUGUGGACCAGAGUGGGAAGUCGGUUAUAGUAAAUAAAACCAGCAAUACCAGAAUGUAAGUUAGGAAUUUUUUUUAUUCUUCAUUAAUCAAGCAGUCCAGUUGUCUGGAUGAUGGAAUGUUUUAGUCUAUUGACCCAGGUAGAAUCUAGUGAAUAUCUAUUUUUAUUUCAUUUUUUUUUAAAGGAUUCUUCUUUUCCUAGAGGUGAUCCCUAAAACAUGAUUGUAUUUCAAAUCAAAGGGAUCACUAAUUUUGUGGGUAUCAUGAUAAAUGAAAGCUAUUUUCAGUGUCUGGGGUGAGGGUGUCACUAUUCAUUCCCUGACUAUCUAGAAAUCUCUCCAGUGCUGCUGUUCCUCUAUCUUGUGAGAAUAAUUCUUACUCCUGAAUUGUAAAAAUUUGGGAUCUUGAAAGUAGAAGGGUUACAGCAGGCAAGACAAUUAAAAUGUAUAAUUGGGUUAGAGCUAGCUUUUUGUUGCACUACCUGUUUUUCUUUGUUAUUCUGUAAUUGUUAUGCACAAAUCACACAUUAUUCAUAAAAUAACAGUCUUCAGUAACUAUCUACACCACAAAAAGGGUCUUUUGCUGUAUUAUCCUGAAAACAAAUAUUGUAAUAUUUAACAGAUUAGUUCUACCUUGACACACAGUUUCUUGCAUCAGACAACCUUGAUCUCCCUUCUUGAAAUCAAACAAAAUGCACAAGCUUUUCCAUGUACAAUGUAUGCCAAACGUCAUUCAAUCAGUCAUUUGCCUCUGGGAUUUCCAUAUUUCCCCAUUUAUGAAACAUUUCUCUUCUAGCUGUAGUAAUUUAGAGGAAACAAUAAUUAAUGCCAACCCUGGGAACCAAGUCUUCAGUUUUGAUGGUGCUGGUGGCAGCUCAAACACAGUAAUUGUCCUUAAUAAUUUCAGCAACUUUCUUCCCUACAUUCACAUCAUACAUGAAAGUCUUCUGGUCUUGGUGCAACACUUUUUGUGUUAAUUUGUUGUUGUUUUCCUGGUCUUUUAAAAAUAGCGUUAAAGGUGCUGAAAUGCUUUGUCAAAUUGGGGGUUAAGUAUGGCAGCCAAAGUCAAAGGACAGCAUGCAACGUUUUGCAUAAAUAGAAGAGUUCAGCAAGAACAGUAGACAGAGUACCUUCAUAUGUAAUAAAUUGAUUUCAUUGGGAAACUGGCAGUGGGCCUCUUUUCCUUUUGGAGCCUUACACCAAACCAUUGUGUUCAAUGAGAUGUUGAUUCUCAUAUAGUUGCUCCCAUGUAGAAGACCCCUAGAAAUAUUUCUGCUGUGUAAGAGUUUGAAUACAGGAGGGUUAACCCUCACUUACCAUGUAGAUGCCUGAUCAGAAAGUCACAAGUAAUAUCCACAAAGGUCAUUUUAUGCAGAAGUAAGGGAGCCAUGGGUAUUGCUGAAGGUUUUCUGGAAGCAUCUCUCAUGCCGGAUGAGGGACACCUUACUACUGAGUUAAAGUAUAGCUUGCCUCUUAGGGAAGAGGAGCUAGUUUAGAGAACACACAGUUCCAUUGCUCACCCACAAAUUAGUCAUCUGUAUAACAGUAGAGUCACAAGCACCUUGUGGUCUGCUGAUAUACCAUAAGUUUUUUCUUUGUCUUUGGGUGGCAGCUAUAUUUGCUCAGAAAAUGGUAUUGCAGAAAAGUGGAACUUACUAGCUGUUAUGAGGGUUUUCAUUUCAUUCCCACAAUUAUUUUUUGUGUUUGGAAAUAAUUAUCUCAUCUUUGUAACUCCAUCUUUUCAGUCUGUAAAAUGAAACAGACAUACAACAUUAAAAAAAACCUAUAUUUAAGAUGUGCUUAUGCAAGAUGUGCUCAACAAUUACAUAUAUUUGCUUGCUAUACUCUUUGUUGUCUUCCCUGUUGUAAAAUGACUUUGACACCUGGUUAAUGAAGACUUUAGUGAGUUGGAGAAUGAGCUACAGUAACAGAUGAGCCCUUUUAUUGUGAAAAUAACUUUUGAUAUCAAAAAACAUAGGCUGCUUUCUGGAAGCCCCAAUAAUAAUUAGCAGGCAUUUCAUAUAACCUAUAGACUAUGUAAAUUAUUUUAAAAGGUUUUCAAUGUUCUUAUUUUAAAUCAUUUGGGAUGUAAAAUAAGAAUUUUAAAAGAAAACCUUGGAGGUCUGCUCCAUAUUGAAUAAAACCCAACUUGCCUUUUCCUCAUAGGCAGAUUCCCCGCUCCAGUGCCGAUCAGUGCUGUUAAUGACAUCAUCAACCCAGUGCACACUGGGACGACUCAGUGGAGUGGUGAUUGCAGGGCAGUAAAUUCAGGGACCUUUAAGAGAAAAGAGGUAAGACAGUCUAAAGGUUCUCUGAAGUGCCUGCUAAUUACAUUUGGGCAUCCAGUAACUCUUAGGUAGUUUGGGAAGUAUUUCAUUUAAUUAUCAUACAGUUCAGGAAUUAACUUGAUCCUUGCUUUUAUGCAAAUCUCUAGAGUAGAAAAUAAAUGAAAAAAAUUGCAAAACAUGUGUGCUAGUGUACCACAGUGUGUAGUUAGCAAGGCCCCAAAUAAAUUUCUUAUUUGUGAAUGGGUUUAGAAUUCCCAUUUACAAAUUAAAUGUUUAUUCUGCUGUUAGCUUUACUUAGUAUCUGUAUGCCUCAAUACAAUUUAUUCAAAUAAAUGUAUGAAAUGAAGGGACAUCAGUGCUCUCACAAGCGCAUAAACGUCACUAGUUGCAAAAAAAUAGAUCAAAGAAAAUAAAGGUGUUAGGACAGAAGCUGUAUCCAGGGCAGUAUCCCAAGUGUGUUCUCAGAGUUGUACCUUCUUCAGAUUUAAAGGUGCACACACUUUAAAACAUUUUCAUACCUGUCAUGAUUUAUUUUAUCUUACUCAUUUUUUUUAAAGACCUGACCAGAAGUUUUGUGAACAUAUAAAAGAUGAAAAAAGUGAAGAUUUUCAAAAGCGGUACAUCCUUAAAAGAGAGAACUCUAGUCUAGACAAAGAUGAUAACCAGGUAAAUGUUGAACUCAUAUAGUUGUCUUGACUACACACUUGCAUUGUGCAAUAGAAAUUGGCAAUUAAUAACUUAUUUAAUUUAGAUGCGAAUACGAUUAAAAGAUGACAGAAGAAGCAAAUCUAUAGAAGAACGAGAAGAAGAAUACCAGAGAGCUAGAGAACGAAUAUUUGCACAAGAUGUAGGUAUUAAAUUACAAGGAACAUUCAUAGCAUCUUUGACUAUGUAUGACUACCAUGACCUUAGAUUGUUAUACAGUACUUUGUUUAUAAUACUUGAAUAUUUAAAUCACUUUGAUGUGCAUUGGGUAAAGCUCAUAAAAAUGCUGUGACUACAUUAACAUUCAACAGUGUGUUGAGGGAGCGUUCAGUUGGUUUGGAAACUAGCAAGCAACUUGCUAUUCUUCUCCACCUCUAGACCUUUAGAUAAGGAAAAUUUACGCCAAAUAAGGAGUGGUGGAUAACAGACUGAGGAAUAAAAACUAAUCAGGCCAGCUGUCCCCUGAGGACUUGUUAAAUUCUGGAUGUUUUAAGACUUGCUGUCUAGUGUCCCUUGUUUCUAAUAAAACUUAUGUCCAUAUUAAUUUCUUGGAAUCUUAAGGUUUUCAACAAUAUUUUGUAUUUCUGAGAAACUUGCAGUAGAGACAUGAAGGUGGGGAGGCAUUUGUUCACUUUUUACAUAAUAUGGGAUGUGGAUUUUUUUUAAUAACAUGCUACUUCUGUGACAAGAGUGUGGGAUAGUAGGGAUGUGCCAAUGUGGAGGGUGUAGGUUGCAUUACUUUUUGUCAAGGUAGCCUUGCCCCCCUUACCACCUCCUUACAAUCCUGAUCUGCCCUUACAGAGAGAGUGAAGAUCUCUGUAUUGCUGUUCGUUGCUGUUCGUUAAGCAUAAAUCAUCUUACCAUUAUUUAAAAUGAGUUCAGAUAUCCACCUGUACAUAUGGUGAUUCUUAAUCGUUUUGACUCUUUCGUAUCAUUGUAAUUUUGUACAGUAUAAUGAAAAAAGCAGCCAGCACCUUACCAUGGCUUAGCAUUAGGAGUAGACUAGGCUAGUGUGUGACAUGGCUUGCUAUAAUCUUACUAUUAACUUGUGAACCAUUAUUGGGUAGUAUGGGCUAUUUAUUACAGGUGACCAAAAACAUUUAAAUGUGUGUGUCAUAUUAUUUGUCACAUUGGGAUUGAUAAUACAGUAGUUAGCAAUGGUGAUCUUCAUUCUACACUGUUUCUUCCUCAGUCGCUGUGUUCCCAAGAGAAUUACAUUAUUGACAAAAGGUAAGAGAAAUCAGUUUUUAAACAAGUUCUUAUUUGCUUUUUCUAAUAAAAUAUUAAGCUACUGUUUUAUUGAACAUGCCAACAGAAUCCAGGAGGAAGAAGCCAAUAGUACCCAGCAAAGGCGGCAGAUCUUUAGGUAUUGAAUAAAUUGGGUUUUUUAAAAAAUCCCAAAGUAUUUUGCACGUAUUUCACUUUUUCUUGUCCCUGAUUUUGCAAAUAAUCCCUGUAUUUUAUAAGCCAAUUUGGUGAAUUGCAGGGUCAAUAAGGAUGCUUCAGGGAGGUCAACCAACAGCCUUCAAAGCAGUACAGACAAUGAGCUAAAGUAUUCUGAAUCCCGUCCAUGGAGCAGCACCGACUCUGAUAGCUCCCUUCGCAAUUUGAAGCCAGCUGUGACCAAAGCCAGCAGCUUCAGUGGGAUCUCUGUUCUGACAAGAGGCGAUAGCACUGGAAGCAGCAAAAGCACAGGCAGACUAUCUAAGACAGGUAUGAGUGACAAACAAUCUGCUAAUGUGUACAUGCGUCAAAUAUCUAAGGAGAAAAUAUACCCCCUUUUUGCAAAAAGUAGUCCUCCGCCCUAUCAGAGAUUAUUUUGAGGAGAGUUGCUUUAGCUUAAUUGCAAUAGCAUUUUGCUGCAAAACAAGUCUGUAGUGUGGUGGUUGGGAAUCUGUGGCUUUCCAAAUGUCAUUGGACAACAACACCAAUUGUAUCUUACCACUGGUCAUUCAUUGCUUGCUGGGGCUGAUGAGAUUUGGGAGUCCUGCAGCAUCUGGAGGGCCACAGGUUCCCCAUUCCUGAUAUAGUGAUUAAGUUUGUGUUGUUAUAAAAAGACAAGCAAGGCCCACUGUUAUCCCAUUGCAGCUGGAAUAAAGGCAAUGGCUUUACCCCGCUUUACCACCUGAGUCAGUUACUCCCCCCCCCCCAAAAAAAACAUGUUAGAAGCCAUUGAUUAUGCAACAUAUUUGGAACUACCUGGUUAGGCAAGGCAUUUGGGUCAGCAUUAACCCAACUGGUCCUGAUUAAUUACUGGGGGCUGUAGACUGGGGGCAGUAAACUGAAGCCUGACAUACAGUAUACAGUGCCAAUCAAGGAAUUGAAAUUCAGUUAACAUUACAGUAUGUCCCUGACAUAUUUAGAUUGGAAAGUUUUCAUUUCAAUAACAUUGUCGGGUCCUAGACAUAGGCAAAAAAUUGGGGGGAAUAACUACAAAAGCCAGUUUCAUAAGAAUGGCUGAGAAUUUCUUGGUGUAAGGUUUUCUGUGUGUAAGGUUUCAAAUGACAAGUGUACUCUUCAUGUAAGAUAAAACACACAUUGGAUUUAAUGUACACAAGUACUUAUGCAGCUGCUUACCUUUGAAGCAAAUACGUGAGCCAGGAUAGAUUGAGACAGUUGUGACCCAGUGUCUAUAAAGCAGGGAUUUGAGUGCAGGCCACCCAUGCCCAAAUCCAAGCAUAGACUUCUGGGCUUGGACAAGCUGAGUUUUCCCGCUGUCUCACUGUCCCCCCUUUCCCUCUUGGGAAUUGGUAGUGAUGUUCAGUUUUGGGAAGCCAGGUGAACAACCCUGCCAGCGUUGCCUCCCAUGGGCAACUGCCUAGUUCAGUAUUGUCUGCUUUGACUGGCAGCAGGUCUCUGGGUUUUAAGAUAAGGGUCUUUCCCAGCCCUACCUGGAAAUACUGGGGAUUGAAUCUGGGACCUUCUUCAUUCAAAGCAGCUGCCCUGCCACUGAACUACAUCCCUUCCCCGACGAUGAAAGCAGUUUGUUAUUUUUUAUGUCUACAUUUAGGCUAUCUCCUAUUGAAGGUAAUUAUCUUCUGUAUCAAGUUUUGCUUCGCUUAUAGAAAUUAAAUAAAUAAGUAAAUAAGGUGAAAUAAUUUUUUGUUAAGCAUGAAUUUAAGGAAUAACUUAAUUUGACAAAAGGUGUGAGCUAUGAGAGGCUCAGUCCUGCUAAUGGGAACCAGUUUUAAAAUAUAUCUUCCUAUGGAUACAGGUGAUCUGGGAGCUAUGUUCUUUGCCAGCUAAGCAGUUAUCAACUUUUUGUUUCUGGGAGUGUAAAGCUCUGAAUUAUCCUAAAUCUGUAGUAGUGCAUGUCCUUUCUGAAACACAAAGUGCCAGUCUUGAAAGUCAGCUUGCUUAGUUAUCUUUAUUUUAUUUUUUUAGCCUCCGGGUGUUAGCAAAAGCUGUUGAUCUCUGGGUCUUAUAGCAGAACAUGUCAAUGAAACAUGGAUUGUGGCCUCACUCUAUGGAGGCUGUUAAGAGCUUGUUUGUGAUAUGACUGUGAAAGACAGCAGGGCAUUUGCAGAACUUCCAGUGUUCCAGCAUUUACUUAGCUCUUUAAGAACCUUCUCUUAAUUUCACAGGGUCCAUCUCAUCUCUGCUUUACAAUUCAACGCUGAGUUUGGACACAGCCCAACAUAUCAAUCUGUAGGCCAUGUUGUGGGAGGAAUAGGGAUAUUUGUUGGUGAUGGUGUUCAGUCUCUUGUGGAGAGUUUCUUCACAUAAAAAAUUAAGGUUAUGGGCACAGCAAUGCACAAGAGCCCUUUCCAUUACUGCUGUCUAGCAAGACAUCACUGUUUAAUGUUUGGAUUUCACAACAAUGUUCCCAUAGUAUUGAGGCUACAGUACUGUAACAUUUUCCUUGGUAGUUCUCCAGAAUUGGUCCUUCCAGUUCUUUGCUGUGUUAGUUGUUAGAAUACACUCAUUUUCUCCCUCUCUGAACUUCCUAAUGGGCAUCCACAGGUAUAAAACAAAACUUUUAAACUUGUGCAAAAUGUUCACUGUUGUGAAGUGAGUGCAUACCUGUGCAUGUUAGAAAAUCCUAUAGUUAGGUUGGCCCUAUAAGAAACAGGUUGGGUAAUUCAUUAGGAAAGCACUAACUUCAGUCCCGGGAGAACUUUUGUUUUUUGCUGGAAUCUCAGCGGUCAUCCAAAGUGUGUUAAAUUUCCAAGGCAAGAGUACAUACACAGGAUCUCUUCACAGUUAAGGUACAAGUAAUCUGUGUUAAGCAGUCUUGAGUCUGUAGUCUUGCUUAAAAACAAGCUGGAUAAGCUUGUAGUCUUUUAGGUUGUUGCUUGAUUUUAAAUGGCAGUUUGAAUAUAAUUUGAUUGAUGUUACGAAUGUAAUUUUAUGUUGCUUGGUUUUAAUUAUAUACUUUAAGUUGAUGGUUUAAUUAUGUUGACUUGGCUCCCAGUUGAGCAAAACGGCAGCAUAAAAAUCAGAUAAAUGAAUAAACUAGUCGAGGAUUAUUUGCAGUCAGCCUACAGUCAGUGAAUGAUCCUCCAGAAAUAGACCAGUGGGCCACGCCUACAUUGAUCUAAUGCACCAAAACGAAAGCAUUAAAGCUUUAGGUAUUCAGAUUUCAUAUGUGACAUACUAGUUCACAGAGGACCAUUUCAGUCUAGCAAACCAUAGUAUAAAUCUGGAGUAGCCAACUUGGUGCUAUCCAGACAUUUUGGACUAUUGAUUCCUAGUAGUAGUAGUAGUAAUAGUAAUAACAAUAAGACUAUCCUGCUCUUCCUCCCAAAUGAGUGCAAGCUAGCAAACACAAACAAACGAUAAACCUCUAAAAUACUGAAAAACGAUUCUAAUAUGGAUGCAGAUUUAGCUUUAAUUAUGCUGAUGUCAAUCAAAUUUGAAAUCUUGAAGAUUAUACCAUUUUAUAAACAGUUAAUUGUUUUCCUAGCAAGUGGCUUGAUUUAGAAUGCUACGAAAGCCAGUAUACAUUCUUUCCACAGUUUCAUCAGUGCUGCAUCAUGUUGCAAGGCACACUUGUAGACAUGCUUGCAGCAUACUGAUUCAGCCACAACUGAAAAGCAAAAUUAGUACCAUAAAUUUUGAUCUGCUGUGUGAAGAUGAAAAGUGCAAUCAGAGUGAGAGCUCUUCUCAGUGAGGAGCAAUUGUUCAUAAAAAAAAGACAAAUCUUGGCUCAACAGAGCCAUUUAAAAUGAAAGAUGUUGGCUUCAUCUCAGAUAUUUAUCACCUUAAAGAUUAUACAGAAGCUUCUGACUUAUUCUUACAUCUCAUAUAUGUACAUUUAUUACAGAAUCUGAAAUAUUAAAGCUAAAGUUGAGCUAUGCCAAGUCCCAUUUUGGUAAAAGGUUAAACACGUUCUUAAUAUUGCCUCUUGACAUCAACUUGGCUUACUGUUGACUUCUCCUUAAGAUUAGCUUCAUCUUGAUACCUAAUUCACUGACUGAUAUGCGAGGGUGCAGUAGAUCAGGAUGGGGAACCUGUGGCCUUCCAGUUGUUGCACUACAAUUUUCAUUUCCCUGACAGCUGGCCUUGCUGGUUGGGGCUGAUGUGUUGGAGCUCAGGAGCCUCAGAGUCCCCCCACCCAAUGCAACAGACAUAAACUCUGUUGUAGGCUAUGUAUGUGAUAGAGGGGAAUCUAAUGGUAUUACAUGGUCUCUUUUGAAGACUGCUUCUGCAUGCUUUGGUUGCCUCAGAUUUCUCAGCCUACUGCUCCAUUGAUUAGAACCUUUUUUUGGGUGUGUGUGUGGGGGGGAAUAAGACAUGGUGUGUUGCCAUUCUGCUUUAUUUUUCUCAUGCCCAGCAUGAGGGCAAAGAACCUGUGCAGAAGUUUGGGGCAGCUUUAGGGCAGGCCCCUCUGCUCUCCUGGCAUGCACUUGUAGCUGAUGCAACUCACAAUCAGGAGAAGCUGCAGGGGUUGGGGCGGGACGGGGCAGCUACUGUAGUUCCAGGCUGUGCAUUUAAAAGCGUUAAGCAUUUAAUAACAACCUGCCUAUUUAAAUGUGCAUGACUAUUAUUCUGUCUCUAGGUGAAAUUCAUUUCUCGUUACUCCUCUCCUAGGUUCAGAGUCUUCUAGUAGUGUAGGGUCAUCCACGGGUUCUCUUUCUCACACCCAGCAGCCUCUUCCAGUCACAGCUCUCAGCCAGCCUUCUCAUGGCACAUCUGCCGUCUAUCCAACUGUCAGCACUAGUAAUUCCCUUCCCUUUGAUGGUGGCAUAAGUGGGCAAGUGGCGCCUCCUAGCAGUAGCUUCUUUUUGCUUCCCUUGGAAGCGGCAGGCAUACCACCUGGAAGUAUUCUGAUCAACCCUCAAACAGGUUGGUAUCCAGCCGUGGAUGUCUGUGCCUUGUCUCUGUCUCUCUGUCUCUCUCUCUCCUUCCCCUUUCCUUCCUUUUAACAAUAACGUUUAACUUGCCAUAAUGUGUAAAAGAAAAUAAAUUUUAAAAAAGAUUAUUAUCAGUUAUUUAUUAAAUGUAUAUCCCACCCUUCCUCUGAAGAUCACAAAGAUCUUUCUGCCUUUCUCUCCUCACCCUCCCAGCCUGAUUUCCCCUUCUCCUAAUUUUGCAGCAACAUGUAUUUUAACACCUCCUCAGAGGACUUUGUAAAAUUGUAAUGUUAUAUACCUUGAUGUACAAAUGGUGAGGAAUAGUGAAGAUUUCUCAUCAGAUGAUGCUCUUCUGCCUUAUGAGGCGCUCAUGUGUGUACAAUAUUUUCAAAUGGCACAUAAAUAAAUAAUAAUAAUAAUAAUAUAAUAAUAAUAAUAAUGUGGAAUUGACAAGUAUAGAUGCUGCAAUUGGUUUAUGAUCUUAAAUUACUUUUUUUCUGUUAAUACCUUCUAUACCUAGGUUGGUCUGUAAAUAGGAAUAAAUGUACAGUAGUCCUUUAUUGGGCCACCUUCAGUUGAGAGUGAAGGGGUGUGAUAUGGUUCUGCUGCUAAAGCUGAACAGUGUCUGAAAGGGAGACCAUCUGCAAAGCCCUCGCUUUUCCACUUAAUCUUCCCACAAAAAAGCCUUGCUUUGACACCUGCUAUUAAACCCUUUCGUCCUCUUGAGGAGCAAACUAUAAAGCAGCGCUGUCUCUUGAAAAUAGGUAGUGGUUGUAAUGCUAUGUUUUGUUUUGCCGGUAAAUUGCAUUUUGCUGAAUAAUGUGUGUGUGUGUUUCAUCUCGGUUCUCUAGGUCAGCCAUUCAUUAAUCCAGAUGGCACUCCAGUUGUGUAUAAUCCUCCUAUGCCUCAGCAGCCUGUUAGAAACCAAGUGCCUGGACCUCCUCAGCAGCCACCUCCUCCCCUACCACCUCAGCAACAGCCAGCAACCAAUCACAUCCUAUCACAGGUGCACAUGUCAAAAUAUGCAAUGCUUGACUGAGUGCUCUUGGCAUCCGAUGAGAAGAAAACAGUGGAUCGUUGUGGCUAUUAGUUGGGGAAAGGUGGCGCUGUCCUAUUUAUGACUUAAGGGGACAAUUUUUUGUUCCAAGUAACUGCAUUUUCUUAAAGCAGUGAGACAACCUGUCGUGGUUACAUAUGCAAUGUGUGUUCCUAAGUUUUUAAGAGCUAAGAAUCUUACAAAUCCGUCUUGCUUAAUGUGGUGUGGGACGUCCUUAUGAAGCAAGUCACACCUAUAGAUGGAAGAAUGCUUAUCGUUAGAGUUACUGUAGGUAAUCUGAGUCUUGUGUCAAAUUUACUUUUAGUUGCACAAUUAAUAUGGAGGAUGUUCUUGAUUUUGCAUAAAUUUAUCCCCCUCCCCAAAAGAAGAGAAAUACUGCCACUUCCAUUUCUUCUUACUCUGUUGUUAACUGGUGUGUGUUCCACUGUUACUUCUUCAGCCUAUCCGACCUCUUCAGCCUUCUUCACAGCCUGUUCAAUUCUCCACAGUCACUUAUCCACCCCCGCUCCUGCCCGUCUCGUCUACCCAGCAAUACACUGUGGUAUAAUACCUUCUACUCACCUCUUCUGUGCAUGACAGAAUCUUUAUAGACUUAGCUUCAUGUGUUGGGAUGUGCAUGCAUAAUAAAUAAUACAAAUACUGACUGGCUGUGGCAUCCAAGGUAAUUCAGCAUGGGCCGGGGUGCAAAAAAGGGGUUCAUGGAAGAAAGUAAUCCUGCCCUGAGUUCAUUGGAAGUUUACCUGCAAGUUAAAAACAAGCUGUGUGCACAAAAACAAUUGCAUUCUUGGGUUUUUUUUUAAAAACCCUUCUUUGACAUUACUUUUUCUCAGCCAAACAGUAUUUGUUUGUACCCCUUGAAUACUUUUUAUUUUGUUAGGGCCCUUCCUUCUCUCCCCCCCCCCCCGCCUAUUUCUUUGACUAACCUCCUAAGGUGUUUUGCUUUCUCUCAUCUCCCACUGCAAUAAAAAGCUUUCUGCCACCCUUUAAUGUUUGAUGGGUACCAGAAUUUGCCUCCCUCCCCUUUUUGAGUGCUGCAGCUUAGCUGCAUUCCUCAAAAUUAUAGACAUCCAGCUUCCUGAUGCAAGGUAAGAUUCUCCACAUAUCGGAGUCCUUCACUGCAGUCUUUUGGAUGAAUCUGAAAAUUUCAGAUUCUGUCAGUUCUUGCUUUUUCCGCUUAAAGUUCAGUUCACCCAAUUCUGCAUCAGUUUGUGGGUUUUUUAAAGGACCGCAUGAAUAUUUGCAUGCAUUUUCAUGCUAAUUUCUCCCAGUACACUCAUUCUUGUGUUCAUUUCCCCCCAGUAUAUAAUUUUUUGUGUGCAGUUCAUUUGUUCGUUGGAUAACCGCAUUGCAAAAUUUGGAGAAGUGUGAAUUUCAAAGGAUAAGUUGCACUUUGGUUUGUGUAUUGAUUCAGGAAGUGUGAAUUUGGUAUGUUUACAUUAAAAAGAAACUGGAUGAAUUUCUCAUCCAUUUCUACUUGGAGAAUUAUGCUUUAACAUCAGAUGAAUGGGAAAGCCCCAGUGCAUUAGUGGAAGUCCUUGUGUGCACUUCUGCUAGUGGCACUAGUUAGCUGAAUCCUGCUCUAUAUAUAAUAUGCGCACACACACCAUUCCCAACAUAUUUAAAACCAAGUUCGAUGAAUGGACAGGUGAUUUGUCCUGGCUACUAAAUGUCAUUUUUGUUACAAACUCAAAUUCUCAAAUUUGCUCUUUUGCGUAAUUGAACUUCUCAUACACAAAAUAGCCAGAUUUCCGCGCCCCCCCCAAGGUUCCCCAGCUUGUUGCAUCUGUAUCUGUUGGCAAAUAUUUCCAUGGUACAUUAGCACCAGAAAGCAGUGGCGUAGCGUGGGGGGUGCAGGGGGGGCCGGCCGCACCGGGCGCAACAUCUGGGGGGGCGCGCGCUCGCACUCGCAGCUCUGCCCCCUGCUAAAAUCCACGGGUUAGGGGGCGUAAAUUACUUGCCUUGCCCCGGGUGCUGACAACCCACGCUACGCCACUGCCAGAAAGUAUUACCAGGCACACUGAACACAGCUUUUACAAACAUUAAAGUUUGUGUUUCUUGCUGUAGGUAUAAAAUUUGGUGUGUCAUUUCCCAUAUUUCUACUUAUUGCUGCUAAUGAGAUGUUACCUUUGUCUUAAAGCUUUCACUUUUAAGCUGCUAUAACUAGAUGUGAGGAUACUUCACUAUUUCAUGUUUAGUUGUGUGUUGUUGUUGUUUUAAUCAAACAGUGCUAUCUCCUCUCGUGCAUUCGAAAGAGGAAUAACUCUUACUGUUUUGCUUAUUUCAGCAAGACAACCUAGGCUCCCAAUUUAGCCAUAUGAGUCUCUCCCGACAGCCAUCUGGGGAAGCUGCUGAUCCUCAUGCCACCAUGUUCCAGUCCACGGUUGUCCUUCAGCCCCCACAGCAAUCUGGUUUCAUCAUAGCAACGGCCCCACCUCCUCCACCAGCCCCACCGCCACCCCCUGGCCAACCUGUUCCUACUCCUAAUUACAGUGCAUCCAGCCACCCUGUCAACCAGCAAGUUCUUCAGCAACAGGGAUAUAUGCAGCAACCAAUGCCACAGGUAGAGAGAGCUUUGUAAUAUUACCAGACAAUGUCAAAGGUGUAGUUCAUAUUAACUGCUGAUUAAACUGAAUCUAGCUUUGUGUAGGGCUUCCUCUUCCUCCCACCCCUUUAAUUUAUGUGGAAGCAAUCUGAACUUCAUACUUCAGUCACAGAAAGAAUUAAAGGACCCUUGCUGUCAACAAGUAUUAACUUUUUUAUUGCUUAAUUUUAGCAGAAUUAGAAGUUGAUGCAUAUUUAUUACAUAUUCGAGUCUUCUGUUCUUUAAAAGGACUGUGUGUGCAUUACAAUAGUUAAAAUAAUGCCUCAUAGGUGUUCCACUGACAUAUUUGUAAUACUGUAUUUUGACCUAAACAAUACGUAUUUUAAGUGAGACUACAGUGGUACCUCUAGUUACGAACUUAAUUCGUUCCAGACGUCUGUUCUUAACCUGAAACUGUUCUUAACUAGAGGCGUGAUUUCACUAAUGGGGCCUCUUGCUGCUGCUGCGCCGCCGGCACACGAUUUCCCUUCUCAUCCUGGGGCAAAGUUCUCAACUCGAGGUAACUCUUCCAGGUUAGCGGAGUUUGUAACCUGAAGCGUUUGUAACCUGAGAUGUUUGUAACUCGAGGUACCACUGUACUUUUUAUAGCCUGUGUCUUGUUAUUGUUGAGACUUCCACAAGAGCCUCUUCUGUUUAUGAUAAUGGAUCCAACAAAGUCAUAUUCGGGGGGGGGGGGGGGAACCUAUUGAAAUAAGUGUACCUAGAUUAAUCAUGCUCACUGUGUCCACCCAGGCAUGGCCAAACUUGGCCCUCCAGCUGUUUUGGGACUACAAUUCCCAUCAUCCCUGACCACUGGUCCUGUUAGCUAGGGAUGAUGGAAGUUGUAGUCGCAAAACAGCUGGAGAGCCAAGUUUGGCCAUGCCUGAUACAACCCAAUACUUCGGUUAUCACAUCGGCUGACAAAGCAUGGAGCCACAUUGUGUCUUUCUGCUGUUUUGGAUCUAAAGCUGGAUACAAUGAAUGCAUGUUACAAUUUCACCAAGAGAUAAUACUGUUCAGCAGCUAAACGUUUAAAUAACCCCACUCCUCCUAUUUUUCACUAGACUUGCUUUUCUGAGUGUGUGUAUGUGUAUGCUUAUAGGCUUUCUUAUUUAUCUGCCAUCAUUUUAUGCUGCUGGACGUGACUCAAUUAUAGAAGCAUAUAAAUGAAUCUUCAACAUGUUGCUUCCUUUUUAGAUGCCAGCCUGUUACUGCGCUCCAGGCCAGUAUCCACACUCCAGUCAGCAGUAUCGGCCAGUUACUUCUGUUCAUUACAACACACAGCAAAACCAGCCACUGCCACAGCCUGCACAGCAGACAGGUUGGUGGUCUCUCCCCCUCCCCACCCCCUAUAGCCCAAAUGCAUGUACUUCUGGACUUUUUCAGGGUGCUGUGUAAUGCAGGAGGGAAUGUGGUUUUGUUGUGAAAGCCUGAAAGGUCUGUUAAAAAUAAAGUAAGGUUUUUUUGGCUUUGAAGUGCUGAUAGAAUUCCCAUUUGGUGAAAUUGCAUUCUUUUAAAUUGUUCAAGCUGAUAAAUCCUAAGUGACAGGAUUCACUAGAAAAGAGGGUGGGAAGUAAAUUAUUUGUUUGGAAAACAUAACCUUGAACACUCAUUCUCUUCAAUCCAUUUUUGGCAAUGUGAAGAACUUCUAACAAAAGUCCAAAUUGACAUGGAUUGAUGUUCUCCUCAAUAUUCAACUUUCAAGUUUGUGCAGUUUAUACUGUAACGGUAGCAUUGCUCCAUAGAUUUUUACCUUAAACUUGUUCAGAAAUUCUUCAGAUAAGAUAUCUCUGAUCCUGAGUUAUGGCGAACAAGUUUAUCUCCCAUUGUCCUUGGCUUUUGAUGUUUCUCUGGGUCUUCAUCCUCAAAAUUGCAUAAAACUAUAACAUUUCGGCUUUGUCUUUUCCUUGUGUUUUCUGCUGUUUCUUGAACCUCGUUUAGUCAUAGGCGGUAGUUUUAAUACAAUCACACCCUUACUUUUUACAGAUUGAGGUCUAUUGUCAAGAAGGUUUGUACUUCAGUAUGGUUUAGUGUUUGUGCAUGCAUUAAUUGUUAAGAAGUACAAAGGGGAUUCUUCUUUGAGAAUUGACAAUUGGACUCAGAUGCUUUGCUUUAUUUUUUGAAAUUUUGCUUUACUUGAGAGCCUCUUAGAAAUGCUUUCUAGAAUAUGAAGAGGAACAGUUACGGCUUUUGUCCCACUGGCAACACUUGUGUUCUCAGUGAGCAUGUUUUCAUUCCCACAGCAGCUAAAUAAAUAGCAGGGAAUAUAGGAUUGGCUUCUCUUUUAAUAUGUGCUGUAGAAGUGCAAGGGCUGUCAAAAAUGAGAUUGUGGCCUUGAUCUAGUCAUGUUGAUAAGAGUUUUUUAAUGCCGCCUUUGAAAACUUUGUGUUUUGAAAAAAGGGAUACCUCUUACACCAUUGGGUCAGGCAUGCUGUAUCUACGUAGGCCCACAUGGAAAGAUCUUUUAUAGGAAAGGAUCAGGCUGGUUAUCAGAAUACCCAGAGUGUCUGCUCUCUUCCAAAUCCCACACAAAGGCUCCAGGAAGACCUGUUUUAAAGUCUGCGUUGAUUAUAUUGGUAGGAGCCACCUUGACUCAUUGUGAAGGGAUGAAGUAGCAUUUGAGCAUUUGAAAAGUCAAAUAUUACCCAUUCCUUUAUAUAUCAGCUAUUUUAAGUCACCUUGAGGAUGUCUUUGGGACAGAAGGGUAGCAUGCAUUCCAGAAAAAAAUUAAAAAGUUAAGGCUUUCUCACUUUAAAAAACAAAUUUAAAAUCACAUAACUAAUUCUUAUUGAGCAGUGUUUGAAAACAUUUACAGAGCACCACAAUAUUACAAGGGCAAGGAUGAUAAAGAAAUCCUAAUAGAAAAUAAUAUAUUUUAUUUUUUUAAAGAACCACCUUUCAAAUCUAUUAUAUUUCAGCAAUGAUUUUGGCACUACUAAAGUGUAGUUCUGUAGUAGGUUUAGGGCUACUAACAUUGAAUGAGAAAGAAUUGUAUGAUCAUAUUUGCUUAUAUUUGCCAUUGUACAUGGGAAUAGAGCCAUGUUAAAGUUAGAUUUUGUCCAUCUUAGCAAGGUUUAAAAUGAACUCUCUCUCUUUUUGUGUGCACAUGCUAUUACUUUAAUCUUUAUUUUAGAUCUGAACAAGUUGCCUUGAAUCAAUAUGAAGUUGGGACCUAUUGAAAUCAGUAUAAAAAAUAGAUACAAACUUUUCACACUGAUUUAUUGAAUUUCAAUGGGACUGCAAGUAACUUCUAAGUAUAGAGGUUGGAUAUAUGCAGUGGCUUGGAUCCUAAUUCUUCCUGCUUCCAGAAACGCCCUGCAUUCCAUCUUGCAUUCUUUAGAAGCCCUGCCCCAAGAAACUUUUGGGGAGGGCACAGGUGGCUAUAGGAAGGAAGGAGAGGCCUAGAAAUUCCUUAAUUUACCUUCUAAUCCAAGAUACUUUUUUUAAUUGUAUAAGGAUACUGUCUCUGACUUGGCUGCCUUUGAGAUACUUUAGGGCUCAUUAGCCAACCACGUCACACAGUUAUUAAAAUUCUCCUCUGUUUUCUCACCCAAGUUUGCCUUACAAUAUUGAGGAUUGCUGUUGAUGAAACUCAAGCAGAAACUUCCUUUGCAGUGUAGAACUUGGUUGCAUGGGUCCCAGCCUAAAUAUUUUCCAUCUCGAACAGUAUUUCCCACUUCCUGUUUUACAACUCAAGCUGGGCAAGACUGCCAUGACCAAUACAUUGUGGAUGUAGAGAUUGCUCAUCAGUAUGCUCCUGCGGAAGGGGUUUUGCACGUUAGCCAAAGGGCCAGAGCGGGUUUGUUUCUGAGGAGUUGUUCCAGUUUAUACACACAUUUAGAAGCUUCUGGAACCACCAGUGCUCUGCUGGUAAAUUAGGUCCAAGCUGCUGAAGCUUAGAGGAAAUGUCAAGUUAGUUUCAGGAUGUUUGAAGAAUGGCCUGGAAAGUUUCCUGCUGUGUGUAUAGGAGUUUAAAGAUUUCUAGGGCAAUAGGAAAUAGUAUCUAUGUAAGUACAAAAAAAGCACAAGUGCUCUGCAAAAUGUGAAAGGACUGAAGUGUUUAAGCCCAUUCUUUCUUAAGUGAAAGCAAGAAUAAGCCCAUUUGAAUGCUACCUGUUGUUCACCACUAUCUUCAGUGACCUGUGGCUUUUUACUUUGCAGCAUUUCAAAUAUUUUAGAUAAUUACUGAAAACAACUUUCAGAAUAUCUACGUAUUUUGUAGUAAAUGUGUGGUUUUAUGUGUGUCUCUGUGGCAAACCAGGCCGUGGUAUGUGUGAUAGAUUGUGCAAUAGGUUGGCUUUAUUCAUGAGCUGUUGGAUUCGGGGCCGUAACACUGUCUGAGAGGGUUACAUUUCUCACAGUGAACCGGUCUCUUUUUCAGCUGCUUCCUGGCUUCCUUUUUAAAGGGGUCUCAGGUGUGUCUGUCUUGGAUUGUUGCUUUCUGAUCAAGGAGCAAACGCUGUUCUUCCCUUUAAGAAAAUAAAGAAAGAAAAGUCAGCAACAUCUGUCCUUACCUAGGUGGCACUAGAAGGAAGCACCAGGAAGGUGAUGUUCAGAAACAGACAUUGGGCAAGAAUAUCUUUGACAGGCUUUUUUUGCCUUUUUGUGGUCUGUUUUGUGUGUCCUGUGUUCUUUGUGUGUUUUCUCACCAUGCUUGAGGUUUGCACUUCGUUAGUGAAAUAUUAUGUCUCUUCCUAAUUGCAUGAGAUGCAGAUCGUGGUAUUGUAAGCAAUUUCGUUAUUUAAGGAAGAGAUAGUAUUGCAGAAUGUAUUUUCUCGUUCUUUGCAGAGCUCUUGAAUUUUGGGAAGCAUGAGGUUUUUAACUACAGUUUGCUAGCGCUGCUGUAAAAUAAAUUUCAGCAGAUGUUGCUUCUUCCCUUUCUUUUUCCUGCUGAGUGCUGUAUUUCUUUCAUGCCACUUGGUAUUCUGGGGUAGAAUAGUGAAGCUAAAAAUAGAAAGUGUCUUGAAACCCCAUGGGGCAGUGUGUUAGCAGCAAUUUAUAUUGCCCUAGUUCCUCUCUCAGCAUGGAAAAUUGAUUUUUGCUUUGUCUGUGUGAAAGUGCCAGAAGACACUGAAUAAUUUUCACAGCUACACUGCAGUCCCUGAGAAAUAUAUUAUUUUUAAUUUUUUUUGAAGUUGCAGCACUUUUGUAGAUUUCCAGGUUUCUAUGCCAUCAUUGGUACCGUAGCCUGGGUUCUAGUGCUGCUGGACACAAUUUGUUAGGUGCUGAAUAUAUUCAGGCAUCUAUUUUAUUUGAAAAUAUAGAACUGUUGAGAGGAGAGCAUGAUAAAACCUCAGGAUCUCUCUUUUCUAAACAAGAUUGGGAGGGAGGUAUACUAAGUAAACUGUAACUUUGCGACCAUGCAUAUUUAAUCUGGCUUGUACACAUCUUUUAAGUUUAUGUCUUAAUAGUAGAUUGUUAACCUGUGUUUUAGCUGCAGUCCCACUCAAUUACUUCAGAUUAUUACUGAUUUCACCUUUUAAAAGAGAUUGCAUGCUUUAUUUCCUUAAUGCAUACAUAUGAUCUUAAUAAGGAAAUAAAGAUCCUGCUUCUACAGGAUGUAGUUUUGCAUAGUAGGUCCAAUAUUUUAGGUACAAGGCAAACCUGCCUUAAGGACAAGACGUUGGGUGAAAUCAGCCACUUCUCCAUUCUGAGCUUUUGAAUCUUUACCUAGUAAUGAACAUGAUAUUUGAUAGUAUGUGCCUAGAAAACAGAUGUAGUCCACUCAUCAGACUUAACAUCUUAUGCCAUGCUCAUUCUUAAUCAGAUAAAUUUGCUGCAGGAAAUACUUGUAGAAAAACAAAAACAAGGUAUCAUGAAUGGGUACAUUAUUUUUGGGAGAGCCCUAAGGUUUAGUACUGUAUUCAGUGUGUCUGGGAUUGUGAAUGCACACAUGUAAAUAAUGCAGCAUGGCUGUCCAGAUGAAACACUUCCAUUUAGAGUUAGGAGAACUGAUUAUUAUUAAACAGCAAAGCACUGACACAGGUGAUACAUCUUGUUUUCAAAAGCAGGACAGCAAAGUGCAAUGGAAUGUGAUACUUCCCUUGAAAUUGAGGACUGGGAAAUCAGUGUCUGAAAGUUCAGCACAGCAUUCAGCAUUUCAAAGUACAACUAGUGGCUUGGCCCCCCUCAUGUGUUUUCAAAGGAGAAAAAAAUGCCAAACACAUUACAAUGCAACAGCUGAAAUGAGGCCUCUCAAGCACUGUGUGCUUUACUUUAUUUAUAUGAUUUUCCAGGGAGACCGGAAGGCACAAUUGUAAAGAAGCAAUUAGGAAGAAGAGCAAAAAGAUAGCAUUAUGUGUCUAGAAAAAAGAGAAAGGGGCAGCUGAUCAUAUUUUAACAGAUGAAGGUGUAUAUUGCAGAAUGUAGGUCUUAAUUUGAGUUUCCAAGGGCUCAGUGUCAGUUUAUUGAAAUAAAACAUGUUUGAAUGUUACAGAUCCAGUGCUGGGUUUUCACUGGAGAAAUAACCCAUGCCUUUAAAAGCUGUGCUCAUCACCCAAUGCUUUACACUGUAUUAAAAAAAAGCUUACAAGAAUGGUACAUUUUUUUGACAUUCCACAUGCAAAUUAUUUUCCAGUAAUUGGAUGGGAAAGAGAAUCUUUUCUAUUAACUUAUUCUAUUCACCCAGCAAAGGAGCAGCGCUGAAUCUUGCCAGCUCCAUGCAUAGUUUUACUGGGACCAUAUACCUUAUUCUCAAAAUAGGGGGAAAAAAUAGGCACCUGACGUUGAUAAGACUGUGCUCAGUCUUCAUUUCUUAAGUAACUUAGAAAUUUGAGCCUGUUCUGUCAAUCUGUAUGAAGGCAUUUGGUUUAAGAAGACCUGGUAAUAUACUUUUAAGGUGAUCUGAUAAUACACCUUGGCCUUUAAGUAGUGAGCUGGUACCUUAGCUUAAGGUCAGUGAGAAUUUAGCCCUUGUUGCUGUCCUUUGAACCCCAUUGGGAGACUUCCAAACUACCAUCUUGUCAGUAAAUGGAAAAGAUGAUAGGAGGGGGAACCUUUUGUUGCAAAAUAUUCCAUGUUCUUUUUAUACUUAGGACUGUUCCAACUCAUGAAAUAAGUCAGACCUGUGACCAGGUAAACAGACACACACAUAACACACACAUCUCAGCCUUCAAAAGUAAGAUAAAUUGUCUGUCUUGCAUUGUUGUUCAGUGGGCUUGUUCAACAUGAUAUGCAUGUGUUGUUACUGAUUAAAAUAAAACAAAAUUACUCAAGGAGACAAUGAAAAAGGAAAGGAAUCAAAGUUCAAAAAGCCAAUGCUUUGUAUACCUGAAUAGAAUCUGUCAUUUUAGUGAAAAUGAAGUACAAACUCAUAGUUGCACUGGACUUAAGUAGGCAAAGGUUGCCACAUGCCAACUAAUUAUGAUUAGUUGGAGGAACUGUCCAAACAAAACUGCCCCAUGUAUCUAUAGUGCCCAUUAGAUGUUAUAACACUGGCAUGGGAGCUCAUUUUCCUGUGAGUUCAGUCAGUGCUAUUGCUGUGACAUCUGAAAAGGCCCACAAUUAAACAAGCAGGGCUAUUGACAUGGGUCUUACUGCACAGUUGUUGACAGAUCCUGUGCAGUUAUCCCUGCCAACCUCAUGCUGAUCCUUUAAACAUUACAACAUAUUUGUGCAAUAAACCCACAGAUUCCUGUUCUACAACUGUAGCAUCUAAAGGGAACUGGGGUAUAAAUAUGUUUUGUUAUAACAUGUCAAAAUGAAUAAUAAUAUUUCUGUAUUUGCAGGUUACCAAGUUAUGCCUAACCAGCAGCAAAACUACCAGGGUUUAGUUGGCGUCCAGCAAUCUCAGAACCAAAAUCUAGUCAGUGGCCAGCCAAACAAUAUUGGAAAUCAGAUCCAAGGUGUACUUGUUCCAUACCCACCUGUGCCAUCUUAUCAAGUAAGCUAUUGUCUGUUGUCUUCUUCUUAUUGCAAAUAUGAAAUAUAAUUGAUUCUUUUUUAAAACACUGAAGCUUUGCCUAGUCAGGACUAAGGGUGGUUGGUCACUUUUGGAACAGGGUUAUCACAAAUGUAUGCAAACUUCAUUCUUAACUGCCACAAAAUGGUUUGUUGAAGUGAAACAUUUUAUUUGUAGACUAAAGCUUCACAGUUACUCAGUUUGGAUUUUAAGCAAUGGAGAAAUUUUGCUUACUCUGUUUCCAGAGAUCAGCUAAGCCCAUUUGCAGAACAAUCAAGGUGGCCGAAUACAGUGCGUCACCUUGUCUUUCUGCAUAUUAGUUUUGUGUAGCUGACAUUCACCUACCACUGUUCCACAUCGUUUUCAUAGGCAUCUUGAAGAGCCAGAGGCUCUGGAAAAUCCUCUCUGCCAUUCCACAGGCUCUGGUCAAGAGUGAGACCCAAGACUUCCUCUGAGCUAAGCCACUUCAAAUUGUAUGUAGGGGCUGCUGGAAAACUAGAACCAGGAAGAAUAUUAGGCUCUGGAAGGCCCUGACACCUAGUUUUCUUUGUGAAGGGAAUUACUUUGUAUGGAUGAGAACUCAUUCAUUUUGGACCCCUACCUAUAAUUUUAAGCAUUUCAUCCUAGCGAUAGGUUUAUGCCUCCUUGCUAAGUACUAGGCUGUCUCUCUAGGACCCGUGAAGCUGUUGUCAGGAUGGGUAUUUAUGGACCUUGGUUUACAGCAGGACUUGGGAAUGUGUGGCCCUCCAUUUGAUAUUGGACUCCCUUCUUCUAUCAGCCCCAGCUAGCAUGGUCAAUGCGCUGGGAUUAUGAGAGGUGCAGUCCAGCAACUUCUGGAGGGUCACCAGUUCCCUACCCCUUGUUUACUAAACAGGUUGUCACAAUAAAUGUGUCAGUUCUUUUUCUUUUAAAAAAACUUCAUUAGGUAUCCUAAUGUACUUCUAAUCCUCAGGUUUCAAUGGCUCAGGGUUCCCAAGGAAUGUCUCAGCAGACAUAUCAACAGCCAGUUGUUAUUCCCAGUCAGUCUAACCAAGGACUAUCCACAUCGGGAAUGCCAGUUUACUACAGUGUCAUUCCAUCUGGACAACAGAAUAAUUUAAGGUGAGUUUAAUAUUAUUAUUUUUUUAAGAAUGGAUCAUAUUAUUUGUAUGCUGCUUUCCCACAUAAGGUUGUGCUCAAAGUAGCCAGAAUCCACAAGAAAAAAAGGCAGUAGGAAAAGCAGUUCAUUCAAAAACUUAUUGGUCUUUAGUAAUCUGAGCUGAUGUAUUUACAAGGAUUUGAAAUUUCCUACAUAGAGGCUGUUUUAUUUUUAUUAUAUUAUUAAAAGAGAAAUGUCUGGUAGUCAUUUUAGUUAAGGAAUGCUGUAAAUGUGCAGGGCAUGUAGCUCAGUUGGUUAGAGCAUGGUGCUGAUAAUGCCAAGGUUGCAUUUCCAAUCCCUGUUAGGGACAGCUGCAUAUUCCUGCAUUGCAGGGGGUUAGACUAGAAGAUCCUCAGGGUCCCUCCCAACUCUUAGGAUUCUAUGUCUGCUGAAACUUCAAAAACCAUAAACUGCCUUCCUGGACAUAGAUUUCUUUUCUCAAAUUUCUUAUUUUGCUCAGUGGAUCUUAGACUUUACGGCAGUAUGCUCUGUGCCUUGUUCACACUCCUCCUUGCAGGAAAAUUGCAACUGUGCUUACUUAGGAUGCAAAAAGAUAAUACAUUUUCAAACUGUACUUACUCCCUUUUUUCUGGCACAGAAACAGCCCAGCUUUCCCCACAGCUUCACAACACAAUGGGGAGUUAUCAUCAGCAUUUUAAAUGCCGCUCUUGGCUGUCUGUCUUGCCCCUCCUCCUCCUAGUCUUAAGAUGUGCUGUUCACUUUUUCAAAAGGUGAGAGAGCAGGAAAACACAGCAUUAAAGACAAUCCUUUAAAACGAGCAGCAAAGCUGCUUCAAAGAUGUGGGUCUGAGUUUGCAGUUUCGAACUGAUCAGCAUUGUGCAUAGCCAACUUCUACUGCUGAGCUGGUUACCUCUGACCUAGACCCCAGACAAAAGGAAUGAUACAUCUGUAUAUAACAGGCAUAGGCAAACUCGGCCCUCCAGAUGUUUUGGGACUGCAACUCCCAUCAUCCCUGACCACUGGUCCUGUUAGCUAGGGAUAAUGGGAGUUGUAGUCCCAAAACAUCUGGAGGGCCGAGUUUGCCUAUGCCUGGUAUAUAACAUAGUGAGUGUGUUUCCUCAGUGUCUUGACUGCUCAAGCUGUCUUAGGUCUCUGUGCAAUCCUGGUUUCUUGGAAGGAGUUAAUUUGGCAGCAGUCCCAGACAAGUAGGAGAAUUACCUAUGCUAUCUGUUUCACUGAUGCCAGUCUGCAGGUGACCUGCUCUAGCUUUUGUAAAAUUAUAAAUAUAUUUAUUUACAACUCACCUUUUCCCCAGACCAGGACUCAAGGCAGGCAACAGAUAAAAACACAAAAACACAGAUAAGACAGAAAAAGGCUAAAUACACAGGAAAUGUGACAUAAUUCCAGUGAACCUUUGCAUCCAACCAAAGUGUAUGUGUGAGGGGGUUGUGUAACAUAUGCAGUACCUCGUGCCAAGCUCAAAUUUUACUCCUAAUUGUGGCGUUUCAUUUGCACCAUCACAAAGAAGGUUGUGAUUUAAACAGUGGGAGCUGACAGCAAGCCACUUUGUGGUUCAAUUAGAUUUAUUCAAGCAUUUAACAAAUACAUAGUUGUUCUAAUGGCAUUCAUUUAGUUAUUAUUACUAGCGGUACUACAUGGAUGGAUGAAACGAUCUGAUUCUUAUUUGAGUGCUAAGAGGCAAACUAAGAUGUCUCAAAAGUGCAAUCCUGUACGUGUCUACUUGAAGGUAAAAGCCCCACGUAGUUCAAAGGGGCUCACUCCCAGGGUAAGUAUGCAUAGGAUUAUAGCCCAAGUAGUGUGAUGUAUUCUUCCAUUGGUCCAGAAGGUAUAUUUUAGCCUGUUACUGGCUCCUGCUGUGUUUGUGGAACCCAUGCCCUACCAUUUCCUCUCCUAUAGAGAUGAAAGACAUAAUGCAGAACUUCUUCCUACAUAUCAUCCAAUGGAUUUCUGCAUUAGGAUGAAUUAAUCUGAUUUGUCACAGAUGAAUAAACCUGUAAUUACUCCCUAAUGACAAAACAGACAAAGUGUUUUAAGCAGUACCUGCAAAUGGAUACCAAGAGAUAACGUAUCCUAUGGUUGUACUUCACAAACAUGGAUAUGCCACUGGGCAGAGAGAAAAGUAUCAACACAGCGUUAGUUUCCCACUUAAGGCCAAUUUCUUUCCCUUAUCAAGUAAAAUGGAUGGGUUUCCAAGGAUGAAGCAAUAGUAUCCUGCACAGCUCUUUGGUCAUCUGCAGUUAUUCUGCAGAAGUACUGCAAAAUAGAUUUUGAGGUCACCUUGGUGAAGAGUUCUGACUUCGUUUAUAUUCCCUGCAAAACAACGAAAAAAUCUCGCCUGUAGGUUAUCUUUGUAUCAGUUCUAUUUGAUAUUUAGGGUUCCUUUGAUCUUUGAGCGUUGUGCUUUGAAAGCAGCUUUUAUUUUUUUAAUGUCAGCAAUUUGCAGUAAUGUGUUGCAUUAAUGGCAAUCUUCAAAGCCUGGUCACCUUUCCAAAAGCCACACCAUGAAUAAUUCACAAGAAGAUUAGAGAAAUGAGAACAGUCACUAAUUUUUUCCCCUAUGGCAACUGUUUCACCCUCUCAUCUUAGUUUUUAUUAGUAUAAAUUGUAAGUAGGGUUCAUUCCCCCCCAAGCUUAUAAAUCUUUUCAAAUUAUGAAACGACAAACGAAUUGUAAAAUGGCAAAAAGGGAAGGAAUAACAAUGUGCCCAAGCAGUCUGUAGGAUAACCACCUUACACAGGUUUAGCCGCUUUCUUCAUCCUGCAGGGGCCAGCCCUGUGCCACCUCUUUACCUAUUUUGCCAGGAUGGCAGGUAUAUGAACUAGCAGGGUUGUGCAGCUGUACUUUCUGUAACAAGUAAAUUAUUUAUUGGUUCUCCUGUUCAAAAUCAGAUCGCAUGCUAAAGUGGCUUUCACAAAUUUCAGAUGUCCUGGCUGAGGUCUACAGUUUGCAUUUAAUACACGGUAUUUUCCUUCCUUCCAUCUCUCUCCCCCGCUCCCCAACCUUCUGCAGCUCAUCAGUAGCAUAUCUUCAGCCUCCUGGAUCAGAGCAGAUACAGUUCCCUCGGACAACCUCGCCCUGCAACUCCCAGCAACUCCAAGGACAACAGUGUGCAGGUGUGAAAAGAGAGUCGUGGCCAUUAGGCCCUUUCACUCUCUGAUCGUGGGGCUAAUUUUUUAAAAAUAAAGACAACAACCUUAUUUGCUUAUCAAUCCUAGUCCAGUUAAAUUGCUUACAGUGAGUAAUGCAUGUACUGGAUUCUAAAAUUUGUUGAAGUUCAUGAAUGGAGACUUGCCUGCCUUCUUAUCUGAAUACCCCUCCAGGCCCCGUGACCCCUGAGAAGCCCUAUCAAGAAGGCCAGGGGCACCCUUCCAACCAGUGUGGGAUGGCAUGCAUCAGGCAGGGGUGGGCCUUCUGCUGGGGAAGUGGAGUUCACCAAAAUUAGACAGACCUCUUCCUGGCGGCAGCAGCAGCCACUGCCGCCACCAAUGAAGUGGGCAUUGGGGCAAUGAUGUCAACUGUCUGCUCUCCUGGCCUAAAAUAUUUUUGCUGUUCUGGCCUAACUUACCUCACAAGGUUAUGGAAAGAAUGAACUUGAGAAGGAGAGACUGUAUGUGCCACCUUCAUUUCCUUCAAGGAAGGGAAGGAGAGGAAUGAAAUAAGGAUCUGGAGGGCAGUGGGUGCUCAGCAUAUCCUGGGUCUGGCUUUUGUGUUCAAAGCACCCACAAAAAGUUUCUAGUAAAUCCUUAUAAUUUCAGAGAACAAUUGGUACUUUGCAUUGUGUACUUGCUGUUCUUAAUGGAACUGUAAAAAGAGGAAGAAAAAGAAUAAUAGCUUAACAAUGAGCUCUGGGUUUCUAAAUGUUAUUAGUUGGGAUUUUGGAGAUUUGUUUCUUUAGGAAAUAUAUAUAUAUAAAUAAAUAAAAAUUGUCCAGUAGCACCUUAGAGACCAACUAAAUUUGUUCUUGGUAUAAGCGUUCGUGUGCAUGCACACUUUUUCAGAUACACAGGUACCUGUUUCUUUAUGAGCUAUAGUCCCCCCCCCCCCCAGGAAAACUGUUGUGCAGUAGACGGAGUAUAUAUAAAAAGUAGGUUGGAGGGCUGCAAAAUUGCUUCCAACAUGUACAAAAGCCCUGAAUUGUGUCUCACCCCAUCUUCAUCUCUGACAUUGGUGGAUUACAGAAUGGAGAAUUUGCUGGUGGCCUUAGCAGGUGGCUGGGUUAAUGUGACUGGAAGCAAUCUUUAGGAAGGUUGGGGUAACUAGGAACUUAAGCACCCUUCUUUCCUAAUUUUGUUUUGUAGCAGUAGCACCACCACCAGGUGGAGGAAUGGUAAUGAUGCAACUCAGUAUACCCAACAAUCCUCAGCCUCGACCCCAUUCACCUCCCCAGUGGAAACAAAAUAAAUAUUAUUGUGACCAUCAAAGAGGGCAGAAGUCAACAGAUUUUGGCGCUUUGGACAGCUCUACACAGGUAUUCCAUUUUGAUGUUUUAAAAGGGGGGGAGCAUUCAUUUCAUCAUUUUCAGUGUGUAGCAGGUUUUAAAAAAUAUUUAUAUACCUAAAUAUUAUACAUUGUGGAAACGACUAAGAAAGUUGUACAGAUCACCAGUAGAAAAUUGCCCCUUUUUUGGUAUAAUCAGUGGUUCCUGUGUCUUCGCCCACACGCACCACAAUAUGGGAUGGCCUAGUGCUGCAGCAAAAGGAACAGCACACUAGUAUGGGGCACAGUCUGUCCUUCAAAUGGUACCCCCAAUAGGUUUCCUGACUUACAUGUCUAGGAAGAGGGGCAGAGUAUUGUUUCUUGUGUUUAAGCAUCUUGCCAGUCACAGUAGUAGUAACAACUUUGUAAUGGGCUUGUGAUUUUAUGCAUCAUAGCUGCAUAACAGAGAAUCAUCUCUUUAUAUGAAAUGGGAAAUGAGAAGAUUUCAAAAUGCACAAAUUCAAAGUUCACUUGCAGUCAUAUGAAACUGAUAUUCACAACGGCCCCCACCUCCCCACCAAACAAACUUGCAAGGGUUGCUUUCAUCUAUUCUCGUAAACUCAGGCAUAAUGCUCUCUUUCCUUUUUUGUUUUCUUUUAAAGUUGCAGCAUAGUCCACAAAUAGGUAGUCCUGUCACCUCUCCAGCCCAGUCGCCAGCGCCAAGUCAGCUGUCAAACAUAAAGAACAUCCGUCCCACGUUAACACCUCUUCCUCUUGUGCCCCCAUUCUCUAGACCUUUUGUUCCUGGACAAGGUGAGAACUUGAUUACAUUUUUUAAUUUUUUUUAUUCACUUGGAGAGUUGAAUUUUAAUGUUUCUCCUAAGGCAUGUUGACUUCCCAUGAAUUUGGAACUGACUCCAUCCUAAUUAACUGCUGUCAGUGCAGUUUCAUUGACUUGGAAUAUUGAUACCAUUGCACAGAAACAGUUAAUUGCAUUUGUUUAGAAUUAUUUAGAAUUGAUUGAGCAAUCUGAAACCUAAGUUUAUUUAUGUGUCUUCUUCAGGAGAUGCCAGAUAUCCCUUACUUGGUCAGCCGUUGCAGUACAAUCCUCCAGCUCUGCUACAUGGGCAUGUAGCAGGUCCACAGGUAGGGAACAGUAGGAAACAGCCCAAUAAUUUGGAUGUCACUUGUUUGUAAGUCAGGUUCAUUUUAUAAAUGGGAAAGAGAGAUUACCCGCUUUCCUAAAAAAAAGGAAUUGUUAAUGUUUGUAAAAAGUAGGAGCAGCUAUUUUGAAAUAAAAAACAUGCAUAAGUGAUGCUCCAGUUUGAGGUGGGGAGAACCAAGAUAGUUUCAUUACAAAUUAGGCUAGACAAAAAUGUCCAUUGUCAAAAUGAAACUGCAUAGUGUUACAGAAUUCUGUAUAUGUUUGCCCUCUGUGUCUCAAAUUGAAAUCCAGGUUAAAGACAGGUUUGGGGGUAGUAAGAAUCUAGGCUUCACCUAGAACUACUGCCAUCUUGCAGAGUGUAGAAGUGCACCAACACUGUGCUGUUUGGAUCUCGAAGAGGGUUCAUUGACCAAUUACUCGAAUGCAAUUAUUCGAGUUCUUCUGGAGUGCAAGUAAUUUUUGUCAAUGUGAGAGAUGUGCCACUUCAUGGAUUCAAAUGGCACAGCACCGCACCUAUUGCCAAGUAAAACAUUUUCAAGAAAAGGAAGCAGUAGUUUACCAUUUGCUCCACUUAGAUGAAUUGUGUCAUACCCUCCAUCCCUUGUGGGAGGUAAAUAUCAACCUCUGAUCAUUCUUUGUGUAUGUCUGACCCCUCUCCCUGGUAGUGUCAGCCUGGAAGCAGACAUGGGAACCGAGGAAGAAAGCCAGCCAAAAAGGCUGCUUCAACAGACCUUGGUGCAGGAGAACCAGGUAUGUGACUUAUUGUAACUUUGAUGCAGCUGAACUACCAGGAAGGUAUAUUAUGCCUGUUACCAUUCUAUCACAGCUCUCUAGGUCUAAAUGUCUUCUGGAGAUGGAUUCAGAAUAUGCCACAGCAAUAAGAGGUGCGAUAGGUUACCUGUCCAAAGUGCUUUGCAUCUGUGCUCAGAUUGUGCGAGCUACUGCUAUUUCCCUAUCACCAUGAUCACAUUCAUGAUCUUAAGCUGAUAUUGCAUAGUAUGCUUUGUACACGUGCCCCUCUCUGUGAUGAAGAGCCAGAGUACGUUUUUUGUUUUGAAACUGCUGCCAUAUCUGGAAUGUGUAUAAAUCUCAUUGGAGAGCUUUUUUUAAAACGUACCUGUAACGGAGACAGAGUUUGUGAAAGACUCUUGCAAGAAUCACAAAGUGACAUUUCUGUUCCAGCAGAUGGGGGGGGGGUGUGUGUUUGUGUGUGUGUUUUAUCUGUAGGGUUCCUGCCAUGAGAGGGGAAAGCCAAAUAUUAUAAUUUGGGAUCCUGCUGGAAAUGCUGGUUCUCACAUUCAAUUUGUUGCGAAACAGCAGAUUUAGAAGCAUCAGUGACUACUGCUACUACUUACUGAAACCCAUAGCCACUUAAAUUUACUGGGUAAUCUCUAAUUAUGGCAGUGGGUUUUCAGAAGGGAAUCUGUCAGUAGAAAAGGGAAGGAGACAUUUCAGUGAUCCUCCCUGCACCCCUCCUAAAUCUGCUUCAGAGAGUCCCACUAAUAAAUUCCCUCCUGCCUAAGGACAAUCACCACUGGAUACACUGAUCUUGACAUUAGUAUCCUCAGGCCAUUGUAGAAAACUUGGCAGUUAAUAGAUUACCUUUUUUCUAGGUAUUGAGAGGGUGUGGUGGCUCUUGUCAUUUCAUGACCAUAUGCUGCACCUUUCCAUUCAGUAAGUUUUUAAAAUAGCUGCUGCACAGCUAUUGAUGUCUCAUUUGUUUCUUCUUGAUAACAAUGGGCAUUAUUGAAUUGUUAGGUCAAGGAACUGGGUUGAUUGCCAGCCAAGCACAAAAACUUGUUGGUGGGUCUGGCUCUGGAUACCAUAGGCAUUACAAAGCAAGCCAUUUUUAAUCCUGCAUGUCUUUUUCCACCCCUCAGUUGUAGGAAAAGUCUUAGAAAUUACUGAACUGCCAGAAGGAAUAACUCGUGCAGAAGCUGAAAAAUUAUUUGUGGAACUUCUUAAAGUUGGUGCCAAGAUUCGGUGGCUACGGGAUCCCCAGUUCCUACAGGUGCAACAGCAGCAACACCAUCACUACUGUGGUAGUGGAGAUAGUAAUGUGAACGCUGAACCUUCCAAACUUAGUGACUUGGCAUCUACGUACACGGUUCUAGCAACGUUUCCAACCAUGUCUGCAGCCCAAAAUGCAUUGAAGAAACAAAGUAAUUCACUGAACAAGUUUAGGCUGAGAACAAGCAAGAAGCACUACGACUUUCACAUUCUGGAAAGGGCUAGUUCUCAGUAA